AUCAGGGGCCCGGAGACUCAGCCAGGGGGACAGUGAACAGGAUGGGCUGCUAACAAGGUAAGAUAACUCCAUUCAGUACAAACUGGGAGAAACAGCCAGCAGAUCGUGGCAAUGUAAUAUUUAUUCAUUAUUACUCCCCUUACAUUUACUGUGUGUGUGUGUAGCUCAAAACCUGUUGUCUAAACUCAGUUUAUUGUUACAGGUCCCCCAAAUAAUACUGAGCCUGAAUAUAACAUGCAGCUUUAUUGCCAUUUGUCUUAAGAGUCCAAUUUUUAUUAUUUUGCUGUAGUCUUCAAUAUAGUCUCCAACACAGAAUGCAAACAGACCCCCUGAAAUACAGCCAAGAGUCCAUUACUUUAUUAUAAAGCUACUGCUGAUAAAAGCAUCUAAUAGGAAUAUUAUAUCAUUAUACUCCCAGAGUGACUCUUAUACCUUGGUUGAGCUACAAGUUACUUUGUAUUCUUGGGGAUCUUUUUACUUUGUGAUAGUUCUGAAAUGGUGUCUGUGGGUGGCAGUCACACACAGCACACCAAGGGCACAACAUUAGUUUGUUUUAUAUAUUUUAUUUCUAUUUAUUUUUCUAUUUGUGGUUUAUGUAAUUUUUCAGUGGUUGCAAAUGCAAGGGCAGGGGGAUGUUAAUUAUUUUAAUCAUGAAACAGAUGAGAGCUAAAAUAUAUCUAUCAAUCAUAUUUGCUUAUAUGAAAUGUUCUCAUAUUGCUGUUUCAUGGACAAAGCAAAUGAUCUUUCAAUAAAUAAUGUGAUUUUUCUUUAGGUCUAAGCCAGUAAUCAUAGAUUCUAAUAACUGUUCAUGUCUCCUAAAGGUAAACACAUGUACUAAAAUAGAAUAUGCCAGUUGGCCCUCAGGGACCUAACCCUUUGUGGGUUAAGGAGCUGAGCCGCUUUAACCUUUUAUUUGCUAAGAACACAAUCUAUUGUGCUACAGCAUCUCUGGAAAUCUCUUACAGAGUAUGUUUUUGUUAUUCUUUUGUGAUUAUCUUUUUUUUAACAGUAAAAAAAUAAAUCAAGUGUUUGGGUUCUAGAGAAUUGUGCUUUCCAUUUACUAUUAUACUAAAUGAAAAAAGAGAUGUACAUUGUGUGUGAAUGAGUCACAAAAAGAUUCACUCAUUCUGGUGUGCCAGUGGAUUUCAGAUUUUUGUUGAGUUGCAUGAUAAUCAUGGCAAGAAAAUAUUGUAAGUAUAUCUUGAUUUCACUUUUUCUGUUUCUUAAAUAUUUUUGGUGAUUACACUGUUAUUAAACCUAAAAAAAAAAAAAAAAGUCUCUAAAAUGUAGCAAUAAAGGCAUCACUGGUGUUACAACCCAAUUUAUAAUUGCAAAGAAUACAUAAAUGUGGUUUCCAGAUACAAUUGAUUUAACCACAUAUUUUCUCUAUUAGUGUAUCUGCUCAAGAAAGGAUUUAAUUAUUUUUUAAAUUGAAAGACUUUUUAAAAAAAACUUUUUUUUUUUUAUUCCUGUGUGGUCCAAUCUCACAAGAUGGGAUCUGGUCUGUAUGUCACCAGUAAAUUACAAAAUAUGAGACAGCAGGGAUAUAUAUAUAUAUAUAUAUAUAUAUUUUUUUUUUUUCUAUAAACCGUGGAUUAAAUGCUGAAUUUCACAAUAUAGCAAAGUUAGAGAAUUGUGCCAAAAAUUUGGCAAUUAUGUUUUCAGAUCACUGCUGUUAACUCUUUAUUGAAUAAUUUUUCUUUUAUGUCCGGUAGCAUGGAGUUUCAAAUGUUUACAAAAGGAACUUGACAGUCCCUGCUAAUGAGAGUGCCCAUGGAAAACAAUUUCUGUUUUUCAGCUUAUACAUUUUAUUUUUUUUCUUCCUUGUGAAGGUUUCUCACUUUGUUGACCCAUAGUUUUUAAAUAGCUUGGAUGCUAAGUUGGUUUUGGACCAGAAUCAUUUAACAGAGAAAUCAUCUAGUUUACAUUGAUGUUCUAUUAUAUUUGACAUACUAAGUAAAUACUAAAUCCUAUCCAUUUUCCAAUGUACAUAUAUAUGCAAAGGAGGCAGAGGGUUAUAUAAAACUAGCUUAUUUGAAAUGAGUAGUGAACUUAUUUUGAUUAUGAAAUUAACUUGGAUCCCCCAUGAUUACUCUCUUCUUUUUAUUGUCAAGGCUUGACAAAGACCCCAAGCACUUGAAAAUUUGACAGGUCACUUGUGGUGGUUUUGGAAGUGUUUUUAUAUUCGAGACCAGGAGGUGGAGAUCCCUACUGGCCUCUAGCUGUAAAAGCACCUUAUUGCAUAAUUGAUUCACACUUUAUAUUAAACAGUGUCAGUGUGUGCUUGCGCUCAUAACUUUGCCAAUAUGGAGUCCCAAAUGACAAGUAAAUUGCUCGAAACGAUCAAAUGCUCAUCGAUGAGUGACAUCCUGAUUCACGCAAGCACAUGUGUGAAAGGCCAGUGGAUCACGUGAGAUGAUAUAAUGUAUUCAACAGCGAAGAAUCAUGGGAACACAAAUUAAAUGCAUAUCUGUGCUUUUCCAGAAUUCAUUUGUGAUACUAGUAUAGAUAGAUUAAAACCACCACAUUCAGAAUAGAACACCUGCAUAAGUACCCUGUGUUGGUUUAGUGACAUUUAUUUUGUCAGAAUCCCUAGUAGGUUAACUGUUUAAAUGCCAGAAGUGUACAGCAGAUGUUCCGCUCAACUACAAAGAGUUAAUAUAUCCUCUUUCUAUUUUAUCCCAGUAAUCCAGGGCUGGGAAUUGGGUGGGGUAAUAGCAAGCAUUGUAAUAAAACUGACAUCCCAGCGUGUCCCAAUCCUCAGCCUGUACCCAAGUUAGACAUUAACAGAGUGAAACAGGUUCUGUAAGUGCUCAGGAUUUAAUCAAGUCUUGAAUAAUUUGCGGUAAUGCUAUUGUAAUAUUUGUAGGUGCUGCUAAAAUAUUUUGUAGCAGUACAGUUAUUUCAUUUAGCACAGCAGUGAUUUGUUUGUAUAUGUACAUGUACUUAAAUAUGAGUGUAAAAUGUGCUAUUAGCCUUUUAGAAACAAAUUGUCAUUUCCUUUAUUAUAGGAACCGUUCUUUCCUGUUUAUACUCAAAGUGUAGCCUUUAGGGUAUCUUGGUGCUUUCCAUUUGAACCUUAAGUACACAUCGAGAAAGCUGUUUUUCUUUCUUCUAUUGCAGGGUGUUUUAGCUUAAUGAUCUGUGAUUAACUGGCAGUCUAAUCAGAUCAAAUAUCGCAUGAGUGUAAUCAAGCCAGAAACAGACUUUGCCAUGUUUGUAAGUACAGCAUAUUAUAACCAAAGAGCUGUAAGAAAUGAAGAGUAAUUGGAAAUUACCUCUGUGUAGAACGUUGCUAAGAAGACCUUGGUCACAGCCUGCCCUUUACUGUAAAUAGUAAAAUGAUCUGCAAUAGGUAACUUUAUUGAAUGUGACAGCAGAUAAGAACCAUUCUCUGAAACUGCUAUGUUUACAUGUGAAGAGUUAAAACCUGAGGGACCUGGCACCCAGACCACUUAAUUGAGCUGGAGUGGUCUGGGUGACUAUAGUGUCCCUUUAAACUCCUUUACUCUGUUAAUUUCUACCACUUUAGCUGGAAGGCUAUUACAUGCAUCCACUACCCUCUCAACAAAGUAAUACUUCCUGAUAUUAUUUUUAAGCCUUUACCCCUCUAAUUUAAAACUAUGUCCCCUUGUUGUGGUAGUUUUUCUUCUUUUAAAUAUAACAUCUGUGGACUACAAUCUCCAUCAGCUUCAGUUUACGGCAACAAGUGGGAGUUGUGUUUUUUAGUUGCGUGAAUUUUAAUGGUUUCACAUACCCAGGGCUCAAAAUUGUACGUUUUCUCUACUAGGUAAGACCAAAAGUUACUGCAAGCUUCGAGGAUCCAUAGCACACUCAUCACAAGUGAAUGUCUACUUGUCAGGGCAGAAUUUUGAUUUGCCAAUGGUUAGUGAAUGAGUUGAAAUUCUUGAAAUUAUAUUGGUACUAAAUCAUAAAGCAACGUAAAAUCCAUAAAUUGAAGGGCUUCCUAUGAUUCUGGCAUUAUGUGUUAGGGUUCUCUUUACUGGUGUGAAAUUAGAAUAUUCACAAAGGUUUCUGCUCUGCAUAUUACUUUCAAAUCUCUUUCAAAAUUACCAAAGCGAUCUCUCACCAUUUUUGUCCUCACUUGCCAAGUCUGUUUAACUUCAGCCCAUUCUGUUUAUACUAACAGAUGCUUUGUAAAGUUGGAGUAAGUUAGAAACUCUCUGCCUUUUGCCUUGUGGUGCCUGAUCAGCUCAAGGUUUGCUUGUGAGUGAACUCCAGACAAAAAGGCACUACAUGAUAAUAUUAGGGGUCUACAUGGUAGGAGGGAUUAGGGGUCUGGCCAGUGCAGGGUCGGAUUAAGAGGCCAGUGGGCCUGGUGCUGAUAAUUAUGAUGGGCCUAAUUACAAAAUCUUAUUGACCAAAAACACGAAAACAGUCCUACCUCCUAAGCGUCAUGUAUCUGAUGGAGAUGGUGCUGGAGGGAAACUCAUAGGAUGCAACUAUGAGAAAACACAUACCCUUUGCUAAUCUCACGCUUUCAUCUUUCAAGUCAACCCAUAUCCCCUAACAGCAGUGUCCAGUAAAGCAGGAAGUCUAUGGAUGCGGUAAAAGGGUGGGCCACUGACACAAAUCACAUAACCAGAACAGCCGAAAGGGCGAACAUACACAAAAAGGUGGCAUGUCUGUGUCCCCAUGUCUCCCAGUCCUCUAGUGUCUGUGUCCCCAUGUCUCCCAGUGUCCCCAUGCCACUAGGACACUAGGGGACAUUGAGAGACAUGGGGACACUGGGAGACAUGGGGACACAGACACUAGGGAACACUGGGAGACCUGGGGACACUGGGUGACACACGAGGGGACACUGGGAGACAUGGGCACGGGGACACUGGAGACUUAAUAAAGACCUGGGUACAGGUCAAAAUGUUGCGGUGUCCAAUAAACCUGGCUUAAUCUAUCACAGUGAGUGCCUGAAAUUUUUUUCUUUUAUACUAGGGGACACUGAGACACUACGGGCAGAGAGACAUGGGGCAAUGAGACACUCUGAUACAUAGGGGACACUGAUACAUAGGGGACAUUUGAGACUUGAUAAAGACCUGGGUACAGGUCGAAAAGUUGCAGUGUCCAAUAAACUUGCCUAAAUCUAUCACUGUGAGUGCCUAAGAUUUUUUCUUUAAUACUAGACACUAGGAGACAUGGGGACACUGGGAGACUUUGGGAGACUAGGAAACACUGAGACACUACUGACCCUGAGAGACACCAGGGACACAUGGGGAUACUGAGAUACUAUGGACACUGGCUGGGAGACAUGGGGACACUGGGUGUGCCCCGUGUUUCCUAGGUCUCAAAGUCUCCCUGUGUCCCCCAGUGUCUCCAUGUCUCUGUGUACCCUAGUCUGUGUCCCCAUGUUGCCCAGUGUCCCCUAGUGUUUGUAUCCCCAUGUCUCCCAGUGUCCCUUAGAGUCUGUGUACUCAUGUCUCCCAGUGUCCCGAUGUCACUAAGACACUAGGUGACACUUAGAGACAAGGGGCCACUGAAACACUAGGGACAGUGGCUGGGAGACAUGGGGACACAGACUAGGGGCCACUGUGUUCCUAGUGUCUCAGGGUCCCCAUGUUCCCCAGUGUCCCAAUGUCUCAGCUUCCUUAUGUCUCGGAGCUGCUGUCUGGACUCUCAGUGAAUAGAAAGAGGCAGGGAGGAAGAUGCCGUAACUUCUUAUCACUGCCUCUCUCCACACAAACAGCGAUGCCUACUGGCCGGUGUUGGUAUUGCUGAACAAUCUCUGUUUAUACUGAGACAGACAUUUGUCUUGCCGGUAUUACUGCAAUACCAGCACCGGCUAGGCAGCCUUUAAAUACCUGAGAAAUACUUCUGAGAAAUACCUGGCAACCCUAAGAAAUAUAUGAGAAAUACCUGGCAACUCUAAGAGUAGUGUGUUUAUUAAAAAAAAAAAAAGUUUUUUAAAUCAAUGGGCCUGGGCCUGGGCCUGGAGCUGCAGCUCCAUCAGCCCCUAUGUUAACCCGGCCCUGGGCCAGUGGCGCAAUUUAUGUCACUGGCUCUGUCCAGAGGGGGCAGAGCAACAUGAAAAGGGUGUGUGUGUCCUCCCAUAGAAUUGACAGGUAAGCCUGGUAUGCAUUGGACUGUCAGCCAAGGAGGUCACCCCACCAAGGGUGGACCUUGCAGGAAGAACAGUUUCAGUGCUCUCUGCAUGCACUAGGUAACAAAGGUGGUACAGGACCCAAAAAUCAGGACUGUUUUGCUAAAAUCUGGAUAGUUGGGAGGCCCACCAUAGGGUUUGAAAUUUGAAAACAAAAUAUAUAAAAUGAAUAGGGAACCCCAUGCCCUGAACAACACAUUCUCCCAACCAAACCCUCCAAUUGAUUGCGGGUAUGAUCAACAUUGAGUGGGUAUCCUCAGAUUCAGCGUGAAUGUUGCAAUUGACAUCAUCUUCACUCAGUGAAUUUUGUACAUGAAGUGGAGUGUUUGCCUAAUGAUAGUAUAUGUUUAACAGAAGUUUUACAUAAUUAUGAGUAUGGGGUAAAGUUAUAAAAGUGAUGCAAUAGCAAGAACAUUCCAGUGGUUUCCAUGGUGAUUGCACAACUUUUAGGAUUCUGCACAGAUCAUUUUUCGUCUUUUGUUUACGAAAUGAUCACGAAGCAUCAGUAUGAGUGGCUUGCGUAUUUUAAGCUUUUCGAAUUAUUUUUCCAGUGAGUAAAUUUUUUGUCCCCUGAUUGUACACCAUAUGAUCAGUGCCCGUUGUAAGACAUGAGUAAACACAGUACCCUCAAGCGGCUGCUAGGAUUACAUUUCCAUUCUGUAUUUUCUUGCCCGCAAGGUGGUUCAUUAAAAGCCACAAGCCUCACCCUUUUCCGUGGAUUAUGGUGAAAUCACAUUACUAAGUUUGUGGUAUCCUUGAUAGUUUACAGCCUCCCAUCUGUUUUGGUUUAGACUGAAAAACGCAGGUUAAGAAAUAUACAGGUCUAUUAAUCUUUGGAAAUUAGAGUUUUUAUUUUUAUAUAUUUUGUUUGUAUUCAAGCUUGAACUCUCUGCUCUGUAUUAUAACAUUUGUUGAGUUAGCAGCUUUUAGUGUGUGGGUGCAUAUCUAACUUCAUAAUUGUGACUGUACGUAGGGUGUUUCUUAUAAGAAUGAAGAUGGAUUUUCCCAGUAUUCCGAUUUCGGCAAUAUUGCUUUUGGUUUUAACUCCUUUUUUGCCUAUCCCAGCCAUGGAGCAGGGAAACAAACUGUCCUAAUGGUGUGUUACCCUUGAUGCACAUUAGUAAAGCAAAGUGUUAUAUACAGCCCUUAUUGUUCCCUAUGUUAUUUCCCUACAAGAAAUGCUGGAGGUCUUUAAGACUAGAUUGCCAGUGCCCAUCUCAUAUUGUUUGUUUUUUUUUUGCCUUCUUUUGGAUCAAAAACAAAUGUGAGGUAGGCUGAACUUGAUGGACGCAAGUCUCUUUUCAGCUAUGUAACUAUGUAACUAUAUAUUUGUCUCGGUAUUGCAGUUCUGUAAGCCAAAGAAAUGUUCAAGCAAAAGAUAGCUAUUAAUUUUUUCAUUGGGGCAAUAUCCAAAGAAACUUGCAAAAGCCGCAUUUCUCUUGCAACCUCUGCAAGCCCUCCCCUUCUAACCACUCCCAGACUUUCUGUGGCUGUCCAAUCAUAGACUUCCCAUUGCAGCUCACUAAUAUUUGCAAGGCGUGUGCUCUGGGCAAUUUCUGCCUCUUGAUUUUAGCUCCACUGUGCUAAACAGCCAGGAAGUAGCAUGACCAGCUGUUUGACAACUGGGGGGAUGUAACCAGGUUAAUUUAUAAAAUGGAUAAUUUCUGUUGAAAUCUGCAUUUUUUCUAAAAUGAAAAAGAGGACACACUCUUCACACAUUAAGCACAUUAGCAAGGUAAAGUGCUGUAGGUGUCUGGAGUGUCCUUUAAGAUCAGUGCACCAGCGGUGCUCUUAUUUCUUACUGAAAACACACAUUUUGUAAAAAAUUACAAUUGUUAAUAGUGAAAGCAUCUUUGUUCUUAUAAAAUAUUCUUAAAGAUUUCUUCAUAAUAUUGGAGACUCUUGAUCCACAGCAGGAGCAUCUGAAAGAAAUACUGUGGGUCCAGGUGGUAUAAUAGGCUUUGAUAUAAAUAUUUCCAUGGGGAGAGAUAGUUUAGAUAAUAAUAUAAUGAUCCUUUAAAGGGAUCAAGGAAUACAUUUCAGCUCCAAUUUCCUGGGAAUUUCUUAGUAAUACGAAUUCAGAAAAUAAGCAGUCCUCUUACAGAGUAUGAAAGCCAAUUCUGGGAAUAUUUUACAUAGGGUAAACCUGAUACCUUUAAAAACUUUUAAACCCUAAAUGGAUCAGUUAGAUUCUAACUGAUCACAUCUACAAAUAGGCUUUCCAGUAAGCCAAAAUAAAAUCUCUAACUUUAUAGUGUUUACAUGCAUUUGAUGUUUUAAUUUGGUACAGAAUAUAAGGGAACAAUCUUCAAAAGGUUGGCCAUUCCAGGUUAGUUAAAUGAAUGAAGUGAAAAAAGUUUACUGAUAAAUGCUACUUAUGUCCAUGCAGGUGGCUGCUCUUGAACCCACUAGUUUAUCAGUCUGUAAAUUAAAUUGCGAAAGAAGGAUGCAAAUCGUUGGCUAUAAUGUGUUUUCUAUAUAGAAACGUAUAAGAACAGCUUCUGUGUGUGAGGAGCCUUUAAAAUGAUUAGUGGUGGGCAAAUAGAAAAAUCUGUAAAGGAAAGGUGAUGGCAGAUGACAGAAAGCCAUAUUACUUCUAUUCCUUCUAAAAUGUGGGAUGGUCCCCAGUUGUUCUGAUGUUCAAACAGUGGUUGAUCCUGAGUUGUACAAAGCGCACCACACUCUUCCUUAGCUAUACCAAUUCAAACCAGCGGUGGUUGCUCUGACCGGCUGAGAACAGUCAGCUGACCUCUUAAUUAGCACCACUCGCUGGUGCUCAGACUAAUGCUUCCUCAUUAACCCAAACAGUACAGAGGGGAUGAACUACAAGUCUCAUAUAGAGUUAAACCAUUAAAAAUGUUUAACCCCAAAAAGAAAAAUGGCACCUGGGGAGAUGCCAAGUGGUUAAAGUACCUACUGCGUCCCUUUAAUAGCUGAAUCUUUAUUCAGAAGAGUAUUGAAAUGAGAUCUUUUAAAUGUCAAAAAGUGCAUUUUCAAUCACUGUUUUAAUUGAUCAGCUCCCAAUUGUUUAACUACAUUAAAGAACAAGUCCCAGCUAUGUUUGCCCAUUCCCAACAUUUUCAGAAUGUUACUAACUUUAGAAAAGUUCAGCAGUCUUCAGUAUAUUUUAUAAGUUUAGAAGCAAGGUUUAACAAGACGGAAGUUGUCUUCCAGGCAGUGCAUCUUCAACAAUAAGUGUCAAGAGGUUAAUCAGGCGUUUCCUUAUUUUUAUACAUUUUCAGAAAUUGCUCUGUCUGCUCAACACCAGCAAUCCUUUGAUGCUAUAAAAAUAUGAAGUCGCCCUUAAGCUCUCUCUUGUGGAACAGGGUUCUCCUCCAUUAGUUCUGAGGUCUGGAUCUGUAGUAGCAAUACGUUUUGUGUUAUCAGCUUGUUUUGUGAAUGAAUCAUGUUUUCUGUUUGUUUCUAUGUGUUUUGCUCCUGGACUCUCUCUGUUUUCUAAUUUUGACGCAUCUGGUAAUGCACACUGUUUUUCCAAUCUUGAUUCAUGGUGUUAAAAGCAUUCUGAUUUUUAAAAAUAUUUAUAUUACAUUUUAUUGUAGUCAAGUUUAUAUCUACUCCAAAGUCGACUUAUUCCAGACCCCACCACUGAGUCAAGGUGAUAAAAAAAAAAAAUGGUAAGAUUGUGCGGGAUCAUCAUAUUUGCUCUCUGAAGUUGAAGUUCUGCUCUUACUUCAGAUAUUUUGACUUCAAAUCUCAGUGUGAUUUGGAAAGUGCCACGUUGUUGGCUAACAAAAAUAGAUCUCGAUGAAUCCUUGGAUGACCUGCAUGGAUUCUUAAAGUAUUGAUGAGUUGGACUAAGAAUCAUGAUUUCUCUAUCGACGAUUACAGCAUUGUUAAGUACUUUUCUGCUGACUUUCUCUAUUUUAAUUAUUCCUGGAAAUUCAUGCAGUAAUUGUCAAAUAAUGAGUGUCAAGUGUACCUGUGAUGGAUUUAAAUACCAUAUCUUGCUCUUGAAAAGUUGUCUUAAAUCAAAUCAAUUUGUUUACUCUCGUCUCAUUUCUUCAAGUGUCAACCAUUUGUACAGCCGUCCUGUUAAUAAAGAGCUCUCCAUAUCGCUGCUUGCACCAUCCCUGUUUAUAUCUGUAAUUUUAUCACAGUCCUUCGGAGGUGCGAUUUUCUUAUUUUAUUGCUGUAGUUACCCUUUAACUAAGCCACAGUAGGGUUCAAUGAGUUUCUUUUGAACUUGUUUCAGUAAUACCUGGGGCAAUAGUAGAUGGUACAGUAUAAGAUUCAUGCCCCAGUUAUACCCAUUGAUAUUCCUAACCCCAAGUUUGUAAUGGGAAUCGUAUUAUGUUUUAAUUUAUUCUUUAAAUGUUUAAGUAUUUCCCCCCCAGAACCCUGCUAUUGUUCUUAAUUCCUGCUAAAUGUGUCAUUGGAAGGGACUAAGAGAUAAGGAUUGUAAACUUUUCCACAUGUUGAAUAUUUUCCCAAAACACAAAGUCAUAGGUCUAUGACUAAACACUGUAAGGUGUGAAACGUGUAAGGCUGCUAAUUUCAUAUAAAGUCUGCCUGUGUGUAUUGCACAACUUUAUUUUUUUUUUGUCCUAAGAGAAACACGUGUACUUCCUGCAGUAGGUUUAUAUGAUUCCUGUUUACACUACUUUUAUUCUAAAUAUUGUCGGGGGCCACAGGUUGAAUAGUGUUUUGUCAUCCACGUUUACCUGGACUUUGGUAUCUUUCUUCUUUUGUUGUUGUACAUAUCAUCCUAAUAUGAAUAUAACACACACAGAGCACAUGUACAUGUUGGCAAAAAGUUCUAUUGGGUAAAUAUAUGCCACAGAUUAUAUUAAAAAAAAUUUUUUUUUGGCUUGUUUAUUGUUUUUAAUACAGGUUUUGCAACUACAUUUGGCGCCCAGAAUUUUAGUCUGGGAACCAGCCAAGAAAAUAAACUGUGCACGGCUUAAUGUGAUCAGGACCCAUCUCAAGGAAUGUAACUGUAAUAUUACAAUAGUUGGAUUGUUGGAUUAAUUCUGCAAUGUGGAGUCAAAGUCCCACAGUUAACUAUCAAUAAUGACGGAAUUGUGCUAAUUAGCACACAGAUUAUUCAUAUUAAUACAAUAUGCACAUGAACAGAGAAGCUUUUUAUUUGAAUUUUUUACAUUUUGAAAUUUUUAAGCUUGGUGUCUGAGAAUUUUUUUAAACUUUUUAUUUUUUUAUAUUGUAUAAUUAUUAUUUUUUUAGAUGAAUUUAGCAAUAUCACUAAUUCACUAGAGGGUAGCCCCACAGUGUGAUUAUUCAUUUUAAUUGUAUGUGUUCAACUACGGAUAUUCUGAAUUAAUGGCCUGCGCUGGGUUAUUGUAAAUGGCGUGUGACUAGUUUUAGUAAUUAUUUACUGUUUUUACAUGUGGUUUUUAUGUUAUGGCAUUUAAAGGAAAGAUAGUUUGUUAUAGCCUCAUUGUGUAUUAUUCUGCUGUGUGCAAGCUGAACACCUGAAACAGUCUCUGAUGACGUUCACUGCUCUGUCAAUGUCUAUACUCGUUUUCUACUUCCUUCUACUCUGCAAACUUAGCCAGGAACAGCCGCAAGCAAGCAUCUCUUCAUGGUUGUUCCUGGCUAAGUUUGCAGAGUAGGAAGAAACAAGCAGCCGUUCGCAGUUGUUCCUGGUUUAGAAGUGUGCUGUCUCAUUGUAUGGUCUUGAAUACACAAACUCCAGGUUUUAAACAGGAGUUUUUAAAUGUGAUUUUAUCAGAGUUUAGGGGCAUUUAUAUUGUUGCGUUGUGACAAUGUCGCACUAUACAGUAUAUGUUUUGAAUUAUUUUUAAGGAGUCUAUAUGUGGAUUAUAAAUGAACACAUUUUUACCCAAGUAAGUGUCAGUAUAUUUUUUGUGUUAGUUCUUUGAGUGAGGUUUGUGCCUUUGUCCUAUCUAUUGGGUUGGUACCCCUCUUUUUAUUUUUGAAUAAUUAAAAUUUUAUUAUACUAUCCUGGGUACCUGUUUUCUGUUGAGAGCUCCUUUUAUGUUUGUGAAACUUUAGUGAUUUUUGUGUUCACUCUUGUCAUUGCGUAUAUGUUUGAAGACUUUCUAGUUAUUUGUCAUCAAUAUGGUUGUGCAAUGAUAUAUUCACUGCUUGCCAGGGACAUGCUGCCCAUUUUUUUUUUUCAACAUGUUCAUGUAAGUUUGCCUUAAAAGUUGUAAGAUAGUGUACCGACAGACCCGAGGAUAAAAGUUCUACAGUGGAUUUUAGAGACAUCAUACCCCAAGGGGUCACAGAACCAAACCAAAAGUAAUCAUGCAAAGGAAUUAGGGUAAAGACAAAAUUGAAGACCUAUGUCAUAUUUUUCUAACCCAAAUAAAUACCGGUAUAUAAGAUUAUUAUAAAACUUCUUAAUCUAGAAGAAUAAAAUGACAUAACUGUAAAAGGUCCCAAAAUAAUCUUGGAUAGGAAGAUGUUUUCUAGAUUUAGUGAUAAGUAAGGGAAAAGUUAGGAAGUUGAGGAAGUGAGAAGAAUUGCAAGAAUAUGGUUUAAGACACCUCAUCAACUGAUUGUUGCAUCAAAAACCUAGCAAAUCAGUAAAGAGAGUAUUACACCUAUCAUAGACAUAUCCACUGAUUUAUUUAUUUUUCCAAAAUGCAGGUGAAAACUUAAAAAGAAAAAAAAAAAUUGGAGUGAAAAUUUAUGUUAUGGUAAUAUUGUGUAACUUCAAGUCCUACACUGCCAGGAAGGCCUUCAAGGUUGUUUGCUACUGCAAGUCUGGAUGGUCAGUGCUAAAGGUUCACCCACCAGUGUCUAGUGACGAGUGGACCAUCUAAGCCCUGUACUGUGCUUAAAAAAGUAAAUAUCAAACUGAUGUGACUUAAACAAAGGAUAGGCUCAAAACUUUAUAAGACUUUAUUACUAGAACCAGGUACGUGUUGGUAAACAUUGCAAAAGCACCUGGUAAAAAGUACAUUUUACAUGGUUGAGGUGUUUCCUGUAUAAAAUGAGAAUGAGGCCUCUAAAAGGAGGUGGCAUAGAAACCAAAAUAUGUGAGUGAUUUUUUUACUCCUUUUUAGAUUGAUGGUAGAGAGUUGACGAUCAUUAGUGAAGAUAGUGAUAGAUACUUUUAAAUAUGCAUUUUUGACUCACAGGUAACUCACUCACUUUGCUUUGGUGUGGUUUCUAAGAAUUCAGCAAUCACUUUCAGGGUUUGUCAAACAUCUUGACUGCAAGUCUUGGUUCUCUGAGAAAAAAAUAAUAUAACCUCCUUUGUCCCAAUGAAUCAAGGAGCAGCUCAAGCUAUCUAGUAAAAUGUAGAUUAAAGGGAUGUCUUAUUGAAUUUAGCAUUCUUUUAAAGUCUUUACUAUAAAACAGUCUUGAAAGGGAAUCCACAUUGGACAUGAUAAUCUUUGUAAUAUUAGUAGAAGAAUGCCAUUAAUGAGUAAUCUUGAAUAUUGUAGAUUGUUUCAAAUAAAUUUGUAUAUAAACUGCCAGAUUGGUUUCCAGUGCAUAUUUAUGUAGACUAGUGGCACCAAUGAUCAAGCACACAAGUUUUCUUAAGUUGUAAUAUUUACAGAGGGAGCUUUAUAGAUGCCAUAAUAUCCAUAUUGAACAAAAAGACAUGUGAGUACAGGAGUGACAAUGUAUGGCAACAUUCCGUACUCCUCUUCAAUAUGUGUGUGUGUGUGUAUAUAUAUGUAGAUAUAUAUAUGUGUAUGUACAUAAUUCUCUCCCCUGGUGAGAGAAACAUCCAAUUUGUUGCCUAAUUAGGGUAUAUAUCUCACUCCAUUUUUUACAAAAAAUUUUUUUAUAAAUGAAACAAAGGCAAUACCACAAACUACCAGUCAAACUAAAGUAAAAAAAAAAAAAUGUUCUCAAAAUAUGUCCAAAAAGAAUGUUCGUAGUCAUAGAAUGACUAGACUGGCAUCUGUAGGCAGCUGCCACUAUACUGCUACACUUCCUAUUGGCAAAUCUGUCUCUAAAAAGGCUGACUCUGAAAGAAGAGAUGAUCAUCUCUAUGGAUGAUGGACAGUUUGAGAAUUAUUCAAAAUGGUUUGACUGUGGAAACAUUUUUUUAAGUAAAUUGCCAGAAAAAUUCUGUUUGCUCUUUGCAACUUAUUCCACAAUCAUUCAAUAAGAAUUUAUCUUUAAUAAAAAUAUGCUGGACUUUCCAACGAUUGAGCAAAGUGGACUCUCUCUCUAGAGACUAGACCAGGGAUAGGCAACCUUCGGCACUCCAGAUGUUGUGGACUACAUCCCCCAUAAUGCUGACAAAGCACCAUGGGAGGUGUAAUCAAAAACAUCUGGAGUGCCGAAGGUUGCCUAUGCCUGGACUAGACUAUCUAAGAUUUAGCUGAAAAGGUUUUUCUAUGAAUGCUGGACAAUAAUGGCUAAAUUUGGCAUGCUCAAUGUUUGUGAUUUUUGCAUCUCAUGAUAUGCAACCUACCUUAAAAUUGGCUGUUGAAUAUUACAAAUUGCAAUCAAUACACCAAUCACCGCAACUGAAAUUAUAGAGGGGAAAUAAAUCCUGGCUAAGCAUGUAGUUCUGGGAUGCCAGCAUUAGUAAUUAUUGGUUAAAGAAAUAUCUCAGAUUUAUUUUAUGGAGUGUUUUGUUUUAUUACCAAGAGAUUGAACUGUGAACUAAAGGAAAACCUGGAGAAAUAUGGUGUGCCAAUGUUUUUAUAAUGGGGUCUACAAGCAUACUAACCAUAUUUUCUACAAUUUUACAGUUAAUACCUUUACACGGAAAGUGUUUUUGAAGUACCAUAUCCAUGAUGCUGAGCCAGGCUUCAGAUCAUAAGACAGAAACAAGGCCUUUGUGUAGGAAUAAAUAAAAUGUCUCCUUAGGAAGGUUCCUUCCACAUUUCUUUACUCGCAUAUAUUAUUAGCUAUAUCGUAUCCUAUUAGAAAUGAGUAUGGAAACCACAAAGAAUCUACAUAUAUAUAUUUUUACAUAUCUUAUGACUCUUACUUAUUCAAAACUACAUUAUCAAGAGUGUAUUAUUGUGUCUAGCCCAAUAUUUAUAUUGGAUAAUAUGUUGGAUUUAUUUAUUUGGCAUUCGAUAAUGGCCUUGGUUAAUAGGGCUGAGUGGAAAAACUUUCUUUCAUUCAUACUGGAACCUUUAAUUCAGCCCUAACCUGCCUGUGGUAUCUUAAUCCUUCUCUUCCAUGGGCCUGCCAAAUCAGUUCUCGAAAGUAUAUAAAUUACAGUUUCUGAGUUUUAUAAGACAGUUUUCCUCAUUAGAUUUUUUUUUCUUUUAAUGAGUCAAAGUGUCAAGACAUGGCCAAUUAGAGAGUCAAAUUUACUACAAACCUGGUCUCCCAGUUAAACCAAUUUUGUUCUACAAUAUAAUGUAAACAAUAUGGGAAAGGAUAACCUAUAACCAUUUAUAAUGAUUUUGAACAUGUACAGAUGAUCUGUGAGUGGGACUCACUGUCUGAUGCUCAUAUCCUUUAUUCUUCACAUUUAUUUAUUUUAUUUAUUAAUAAUUUAAUAUUUGUGAUGUUGUCUCUCCAACCACCCAUUCUCUCUGCACACAACUGUUAGCCUCCCUCCAUCUCCAUCACCCUUCUUAUCUACCACCAUUGCAAUGCAGUCAAACAUCAUCAAAACAAUAGAUAUUAUUUUCUUCUGUCUGAUCUGUCAGCUUGGCAUUAUGUCUACUUGGAGUGGAGGAAUGCGGAAUAUGAGGUUAAAUUACUGCUUCCUUCACUUACCGAGCAGGCUGAAUGCACCAGGCUGAUGAGAUUGAAUGCGUGUGUCUCAUUACCUCUUGGCUGUACUACAAUAUGGGGCAACACAAAGCCAGGAUACAGGUGCUGCAUGCAUGUCCCUGGGGUUGAAUGUCCCCAAAUUAGUACGCUACUGCCUAAAGUGGCCAUUGAAGGCGCAGUGAACUACAUGUGGAUCCUAAGAUAUGCAGCAAGGUGCUAAAGGUUAUCUAUGGAGAUGUUAAAAUCUAACGUCGAGACAGCUAAUGGCUUACUCACCACAUUGCAUAAUGAAAUGACUUGAUUAUAUAAUAUUAAUUAAAAUAAUAUCUAACACCAUGGAUUGCCACAGAUUUAAGACACUCUUCUUGAUAUUACUAAUAUUCAGGUCGCCUGUUCUAUAGGAUUUUAGCAAAAGUAGAGAUCAGAAAAGAUUAUUUGCUAAUGUGAAGUAGUAAAGGCGUGUUACAAUGUAGUAUCCUGUGCAAACCAAACUCAGUAUUGCAGCAUUUCCUUUCUCUAUUGUCAUAUUCACAUGAUGAUGUACUCAUAAUUAUACCAAUUAUCCUACUAGGCUUAGGGAGUUUAAACUGCUGAAACAAACAAUCUUGUAAUAUUUUCAUUGAUGCACACCUACUGGCAAGUGUGUACCUUUAUGGUCUUAUUAAAUGUAAUUUUCCUGCCACUUUAAAUACUGAUAUCUGCCAUAAGAGCUGUCAUAUACUCUUGCACUCCAGUCUCUUUGACACAGUUCUACUAAAACUAUUAUGACAUGCAUUUAUUUUUAUAAGGAACACAAUAUCACUCAUUCUUUUAUAUAAUAAAGGAACACUCUGGACACCAUAACAAUUCUAUCUGUUUUCAAUCAACAUCAAAAAACAGAUGUAAGAAAGGCUGAACAUGAUUGAUGCAUGUCUCUUUCCAGCCUAUGUAACUAUGCAACUAUGUAACAAUGAAGUUGUUAUGGUACUUGAAGGUCCUGGGUUCCCUCUUACUGUAGACGGUUAAACCAUUUACACACUGUUUUAACCCAAAGUUGACCAGGCAGUGCCCCCUGGCUCCUCGUCUUCUCCCUUAGUGACCAGACUCAGACUGGGGCCUGAGCACCAUUUAUGGGCCAACUGAUUCUCUCAGCUUAGUUCCCAAGAAAAAGGCACGAAAAAGGCAUGGCUCGUGAAAUGUUUCUUUAAAGAUUCCUGAUUUUCUGGGAAGCAAGAUCUGCAAUUCCCUAUACUGAAAGUAGCAGCACAGGAAAUGUUUUUUCUACUAAACUAGAACAGCAAUAAGUAUAGAAGCAUGGGUAUGGCACACAUUAAAUAACUCACAGUUAUGUAUUUGCUUGUAAUUGUUCAAACUACAUGGAUAUGUUCUCCACAUCAUACGUUGGCCACCAACCCAAAAGAUGUACAUUAUAAGUGCCACAAAGGCAUCCCUACACCGGCUACACAACAUAUGCGACCCGCCCUAUAGGUAGGUGUUUCCCCCCAUAAUGGCAGGUCUUGCUCAUUAUGAUCAAUUAAUGCACGUGUGCUGUGUUUUUCCAGUCAUAUUACAUAGAAUGUACACAGGAAGUCUGUCCCUUCUUUUAUAGCAUAGUGUCAAGAUUCAGAUCACAUCAGAUCCUGCACUGUGAAACAACUCGAUUUUAUUCCCAGACCUAUUGUAACUAAAGGGUUCUGCCUAGAACAGAGGGAACUUUCAAAUAAUUGGAUGCCCUGACAUAUGGCCCACACUUAGUAACUAUGUAUGCCCUUGUCCAGGGUUGGAAGUAGGAUUGCCAGACUCUCUGUAAUGCAAUUUAUAUUGUAGAUUAAAUUAUGCUACUGGAAACGGGCAUAAUAACGUUAUUGUUCCACUUCAACAAGCCCACUUAAAACAUUACCCCAAAUAUGAUCACAAAUUGCACAAAGAAGUUAGACAAAUGUUCAGUUUGAAUAUCCCACUUAUCUGUUUAGUUUGUAUAUUUUUUUAGUUCUUAUAGCUAAUUUAUAUAUAUAUAUAUAUAUAUAUAUAUAUAUUACUAUACUUUUAUAUCUAUAUUAUUUGAUAUAUGAUAUCCUCCUUGCAUUACCUUAACACACUAUACCACACAUAACCCCCCACUAAACAAUAACUAAUACAUGACAAUCACUUAUCCUUAACCCAUGCUUUACAUUAACCCCCUACAUCACAUUCUGCAACUGUCAUUAGUCUAAUAUUAUCCUUACCUUUUUGUGUCACUUUACCCCACUCCCUCUAGCAUGUAAGCUCAUUGAUCAGGGCCCUCAACCCCUCUGUUCCUGUGUGUCCAACUUGUCUGGUUACAACUUCAUGUCUAUUCGUCCACCCAUUGUAAAGCGCUGCAGAAUUUGACGGCGCUCUAUAAAUAUCAUAAUAAUAAUAAUAAUAAUUAACACUAUCAUAAGCCUUAAAGGGAUGUUUUAUGCAGUUUAGGCAACAUAACAACUUAAUCUAAAGUUACAGAAUGGUUUAACCCUAAAGUUGCCUCCAUUGCCAAUCUCAACUCUUUCCCAAUAUCCUCCUGCCCUCCAGAUGACAGGUUCUGAAAUCUCUGUUUCAGGAAGAGCGGAGUGACUCUGGGCAUAAUACUCUGAACCAAUCAAUGACUACCUAUUCAGAAAACAGGCUUGAAAAAUGCACAUUUCUUUUCAACUUCAUUUAGAUGAAGUUGGUAUGUUGCCUGGAGUGUCCCUUUAAAAAAAAAAAAAAAAAAAAGUGCUUGUAUUGACUCUAAGGACAACUGUCAAUGUUUAAUGAAACUUUUAUUAUUAUUUAGCGCCAACAAAUUAUGCAGCGCUUUACAAUGGGUGGCCUAACAGACACGUAAUUGUAACCAGACAAGUUGGACGCACAGGAACAGGGAGGUUUAGGGCCCUGCUCAAUGAGCUUACAUGCUAGAGGGAGUGGGGUAAAGUGACACAAAAGGUAAGGGAAGUAUUAGGGAAGUAGAUUGGUAGAAUAGUAUUCAAUGAAGACUCAGUGUGGGAUUUUCGAGCCAUUAACAGUUCAAUUGAUAUGCUUUUGUGAAAAAGUGAGUUUUUUAGUAGUGUAGACUGGGUGAGCAUCUAAUGGAAAAGGAAAGGGAGUUCAACAGGAACAGUGCAGCCCUAGAGAAGUCUUGAAGGCGAGCAUCAGAGGUGAAAGUAUGGACAGAAGUAUGAACAGAGCGUAGGGGGCUAGAUGGGCCAUACUUGUGUAUUAGGGAGGAUAAAUAGGGAUUGUAGAGAUUCGAAAGCAGGAACAAGAAUUUUAAAUUGAGCCCUAUAUCUUACAGGAAGCCAAUGUAGGGACUAACAAAGGGGUGAGGUGUGGGAGGUGCUACAGACAGGAAGAUGAGCCUCGCCCCCGCAUUCAUUAUAGACUGUAAAGGCCCAAGUUGGGAGCAUGUAAGACCACUGAGAAGCGGAUUGCAGUAGUCAAGACGAGAGAGAACAGUGGCAUGGACCAGCAUCUUAGCCGCAUCUGGCGUUAAGUAGGGGUGGAUGCGCGUAAUAUGCCGCCUGAACUUACCCCUGGCUUUCCUCGACUAUGAAUUUGGUUUUCUCUUUGGUACUUCACCUUGGCUGAUUCCUGCCUCCUGGGCUCCUCCCGUCAAAUACGUGACAGACGUAACAGAGGGAGACACAGGAGUAGCAACACUUGAGGGAGGAAAGACCAGAAGUUCAGUUUUGGACAAGUUGAGUUUAAGGAAGUUGGUAGCCAACCAGUUAGAAAUAGCAGAGAGGCAGGCAGAGACAUUAGUCAAAAGGGCAAGGGGGAGAUCAGGAGAGAACAGAUAGAUUUGCAUAUCAUCUGCAUAGAAAUGAUAUUGAAAGCCAAAGGAGCUGAUGAGUUUACCAAGGGAGGCAGUACAGAUCGAGAACAGUAGAGAACCAAGGACUGAACUUUGGGGGACACCAACAGAGAGGAGAUUGGGAGAAGAGGCAGAGUUAAAAAAAGAAACCUUAAGAGCGCUGGGAGAGGUACGAGGAGCACCAGUAGAGCGCAAAAUCUCAUAGACUGAGAUUACAGAGGAGGAGAAGCAGUUAAUGAUCAACAGUGUCAAAAGCAGCAGAAAGGUCAAGGAGAAUUAGGAUACUUGCAGUGAGUAGAUCAUUGGAUACUUUGGUCAGAGCCAUUUCCACCAGGGGUCUGAGUGCAGAAACCAAACUGCAGUGGGUCAAGCAGAGAGUUUGACUCAAGGAAGCCUGUAAAUCUUGCAUAUACAACUCUUUUUAAGGAUCUUGGAUGCAAAAGGCAGUAACGAGAGGGUGGUAGUUGGACUGGGAGUUCGGGUCAAGGUUUGGCUUUUUUAGAAUUGGGGUUACAGUUACAUGUUUGAAGGGUGAUUGAAAUAUGCCAGAGGAGAGGGAGAGAUUGGGAAUUUUAGUGAGAGGCAGAAAAGGAGACAAAGUAUGGAUGAGAUGCAAGGGAAUAGGAUCCAGAGAGCAGGUGGGACAGGAGGACUGAAGUAGAGCAGAAACCUCUUCCGAUGUAGCGGGUGCGAAUGAACAUAGAACAGCAGAGGGAGUGAGGUUGGGGGAAGUUUUGUAAGGGAAAGGAGAGAGAUGAGAGAUCUAUUCCCUGAUUGUAGAGAUAUUUUCAGUGAAAUGAGUUGCAAAGUUUAAAAGUGUGAACUAGUAGUUUGGCUUCGUGGUAGAGUUUGGUUAUAAGGGUAUUAAAGUAAUUUACUUUUGCAGAGGAAAAAGCCAAGCUGUAGGAGCACUGCAUAAAUAUGUAGCGGAGAAAGUCAGACUCAGAGUGAGACUUUCUCCAGCAGCGUUCAGCAGUUCUGGAGCAUUUUUGGAGGUAUCGAGUUAGCUUGGUAUGCCAUGGUUGCUGUUGGGGGUGCUUGCUGCGUUUUAAUUGUAGGAGGUGCCAUGAUGUCGAGUUGAGAGUGGAGAGUGGAAUUGUAAAAGAAUGUUGCAGAGCUAUGGGUUAUCGGGGGUGGGUCCAGAGCCUUAUAUCAGGAGGGGCACUCAUAGAUUAUUAAAGAAACAAUCCAGGCACAAUAACCACUUUCUGUAGUGGUUAUGGUGCCAGGAGUGCCGUGCUGCCCUCCCAGAGUAAAUAGUCAAACGGUUUAAGAACAGUUUGACAAUUUACCUGCCAGGAUAGGGGCUGUAGUAGGGAUUGGGGAUAGGGCCUCUAUUUAUGUGUGUAUGGGAGGCAGCGAGUGUGAGAGGAAUGCAGGGUGGAUAUUGGAGGCGGUGUGUGUGUGAGGGGUGCAGUGUGUGUGUGUGUAUGUACGGGAGGCAGUGCACGUGCGAGGGGUGCAAUGUGUGUAUGUGGGACAGUGCAUGUAUGGAGCCAGUGUGUGUAUGAGGGUGUAGUGUGAGCAGUGUGUGUGUUAAAUAAAUAUGCUUUAUAUCCCCCCUCCCUUCUUACCUUUGCCCAGGAGUGAACUGGGUAGAGUUCACUCUCGUAAGAAAGGAGCAUUGCCAUGGUAACCGCGGCAACGCUCCGUGCUUGUGAGACGAGACCUGGCAGAGCUGCAAGCUAGAGCUCACGGGUCUCCUUUCCCUUUCCCUCCCUUGCUGGUCGCCCAGCAAAGUGCCUGUGGACUGGUGAGUUAGCACCCAGCAGGGCCAGCGCUUGGAUAGCACCGGCCCUGCAGGGGAGAGCAUCAGCUCUUGGGGGGGCAGGCAAUUGAUCCGCCACUCUGGGUUAUUAACUAGAAUCGAAUUAUGGAGUAUUUACAAAUUGGAGAACUGCAAAUCUUAUGCUGAAAUAGCAGAAAUUGAAAAAUCCACCAAUAUGUGUUUUUUUUUUGUUUUUUUUGUAGUUUAGCUAGGUUAGUGAAUAACCCAUGUGGUUUUAUAAUCUGUGAUAUAAUGGUAGAGUGUUAUCGCCUUCCCAAUUUACAGAAAUAAAAUAAUACCUGUAACAUCAUGACAAGCUUUUUUUUUAACAUUCUAUUCAGUUUUCAUUUCUACUCAAGUUAUCCUACUUAUUUAAUGUUAUUGUGCCAGGCUCCUGUGUUUACACUUGAUUGAGUCUCUAUGCUAGAAAAUAUAAUUCUGUUUUUUACAUUAUAUAUUUAAAAGGCACAGAGGUUAAUUUAGCCAGCUGAAAAUGCCCCAAUGCACUUCCUCUUGGAGGUAGAAUGCUAUUUGAUCUUUGUUCUGUGUGGGUCAUGUCAAUCCUGUCAGGGAGAGUUACAGAACAUUUUCUCAUACAGAGUAAACCCUGGGAAUAAACCGGACUGGAAGAAUAGCAGAAGAGAUGGUCUGUGUUUUGUGUUAAUAAAGAAGAGUUGUUUUAGGAUAAAGAAGGCCUUUGUUUAUUAACCUAAUUCUCUGUCUAAUUAACAUAAAGAAAAACAUCACGUAAAUCUAGCAGCAAUAUUCUCAAGGGAUAAGAAAGGUAACACAAAAAUCCUUGCAAUAAUAUUUUCAUAAGUAGAAACAUUUGUAUAUAUCUACAACAAUCUGCAUUUCCACUUUGUAUUUUUAUGGUGGGUUACAAAUUUCCAUUGCACGAUGAACCUUCAUACAGUAGACCAGAAGUGAUAAAGAGAGAUUGGGCAAAAGUAAACCGAUUUCUUCAGCCAAAUGUAAACCUGUUAAUCAGAGUUAAAUGGACACUACAGGUACCAAUAUAACUUUAAUACAUUGGAUUUGCCGUAAUAACCCACAGACUCCAGCGGGACGUGGUAAAUGAAAACUCUAGGACUUACGAGGGGAGUUCGACUAAACAAGCCCACCUGCAAGCUCCUAACUGGCCCCCACUAAAAGUGGGGGAAUACAACACUCAUCGCUGCCUCAAGAAAAACCUGGGGAAAACAAAGAAGCAAAGUAGAAUGGAGAGAACUUCAGGAGAAAACAGAUUACAAGAGGGGAGACGGGAAACAGUGAGGUCUCAUAAAGGUAGGGGAGGCCCUUUCCACCGCACUAGACAAUGUAACCAUUACAGUCCUGGCCAGGGAGAAACCCCAUUAAUUCAGGCCCAUUGGGGGAAUCUACAUUCCCAGAAAGCUAAACCAUUAACCUGGCUCCUUAGCCACACCAUUUCAUUCCAGAAACAAAUACUUCAUUAUCAAAUGUACAUAUGUACAGAUGUGAAUUAAUUGCAGCUCACUCUGGACUGUUGGGACUGAGACUGUGUAUGGACUGAUAAUUAAGACUAUCUGGCAUUACGGUGUGUGAUUAAUUCUGCAAACUUUUUUUUUCCCCCAAUUGUAUGCUAGAAUUAUAAUGAUUUGAGCAUUCACAAACUACAGCCUAUUAAUGAGGUCAAAAACAAUCACAUGCAUAAAAGGUGUAUUGGUUCCUGGGGUGUCUCUCUAAUUUACUGUCAUAUUAGGAGUUACAAGUAAGUCCCUACACCCACAUUAGUGGCAUUCUAAUAGCCUCUGACUCUCUCAGCCAUUAAAACACAUUAAAAUAGUCAUUGAAUUUAAAUAUAGAAAGAGGAAGAAGGUUUUUCUUUAGCUAUAUUAAAGAUGAGUGCCAGAUUGUGACCGCCUGAGGAAUGGGGACAUUGUGCUUCUGGCUCAGUGUGCUUGUAGUUGCCAUGGUGCCCCAAACACACGUUAUGAUAAACUUUCAAUCUACACCCAUAAUAGCCAAUGCAUUGUAGGAUUGUUGGGUUCUCUUGGGUUUAUUUCUGUGGAUCAUCGGUUGUGUGGUGUAGGAGGCUUGUGAUCAAAGGGUAUACACAGUAUUACACUUGUAUUUAAUGACUGCCUGUGCCAUAGGAAAGGGUGACCAAUAUUUUAGCCAGAACAUUUAUUUUAUAAAUCAAUUUAUUUCCCUACUAGGUCAGCAAGUUCGAUUAGUUUAUCUAAAUGUUAAUGAAUGAAUUAGUCUAAUUAUCUGUCCAUCUAUCUGUUUGUGUGUGUGUGUGUGUGUGUGUGUAUGUAUAUAUAUAUAUCUCAUGCUGCCUUUCAGAGCAGUGCAUUACAGAAGAAUGAAAGAUGUAUUUUAGUACUGCACAAACCUUGGUUCAGGGUGAGAUUAUUAUUAUUAUUAUUAUUAUUAUUAUUAUUAUGGACAUAUUGCGGUCGAUAUUUAUUCUAAAAUGGAGUUGAAAUUACCAAGUCCCACAAAUCACAAGAUCUAUUAUUACAUACUUCCCAACAUUGGAAGUAUGCAGUUGAGGUGAGAGUGGUCCUUGUGCAUGGUCUUAGUGCUUGAUGCACAAGGUGAGCAUAUCUAAUGAUGCACUGUUCUUUGUUGCCCAUGGACACAUGUGAGCACCCCGGAGUUGGGAAUGUUGAGUGGCAUGCUUAUUAUGUAAAGCACCACAAUACCUUUCAUUCUUAAAACAUGGUUUUAGCUUGUCACGUUGACUCCUCCUUUACCUAUCAUUAUUCCUGCUAGCCUGUCUCAGCUGCCUUAAGAACAUAUUAAAGAUUCUUCCUACUGUAUUAUGUAUCAAUGAGAACUUUAUAAUAAUGACUUAUUCUAAGUAUUAAGAAUUAGAAACAGCCAAAUGGUGUGCUGCACUGUGAACGUAAUGAAAUAUCAGUAGGAAAUCCCAGAUUUGACUUGUUCACAAGCUGUCCUUUUAUGCCCCUUUGUGAAAUGUGAUCGUAUAAUGAGUAGACAGAAAGUUUACUGCAUUGCCAGGACUGUCACUUUGAAUUUGGACAUCACUCAAAGGUUCUAUAGAGCAACCAGACAGCAGGAAUCCUCCUGUGGUUCGGUACGAUUAACGCAUAAUCUAAUCUUCCUAAAUAAGUUCACUGUAGUCAAAUGGUAGAUCCUUACCAAAAUGCUUUGCCUGCCUGGUUUAGACUCUGUAAUCAAGGCUAAUUUUAUAAGAGGGAAUGCAUGGUUCUCUGCAGACCAUAAACUGAAGGAUACUAUAUCUCUUUCUGAGUCAUUUAAAUGUUGACUUGGUAAUAUUGCAAGCCUGUCAUCCAGAAUGUAUCGUGCAAAAAGAAUUGUGUUAUGUAAUAUUGCUGAUCUUGUAUACUUCAGAAAUUGAACAAAUUGUUUUUGUUUGUUUGUUUUUUUCUUUCUUUUAGUUACCUGGCCGAGCAGUGCUGGAAUGGCGGAUUUAUCUACCUGAUCAUGUUGCGCCGGAUUAAACGCAAAGCUCCUCUUCCUCCGUCUAAUGGCAGCCACAGCAACACUUGUGAACCCAAAGCAAGUUCUACCUCACAGCAAACCGUUCGAGCCACACAAAAUGGAAAGAGGACUAGGAAAUUUGGGGUCAUCUCAAGGACUCCAGCUAAGGAAAGCACAGAAACUAAGGACGGCCAGGAUCCAGUUCACGAAAAUGGACAUCAGACCCUUAUGGACGUUGAUAGCACUCAUUCCUGUGAUGAAGCUGUUGGAGGGGUUGAGACAUCAAUUCCACAAUCUUCCCAAGAUGAAGAAGAACUCCAUAGGCACCACUUUACAAUGGCUGGAAGAACUAUAUCAAAACCAUGUGACAGUACCACAGAGGUGAGUUAUGAUGGCCAUUGGACUUACUGUAGUAGUUAUGGUGCCUGUAGAUUUCCUUUACAUUUCCUCUGCUUUAAGUCAUUAAUGAAUUAACCAAACGGGGUCAUCAUUGAAUAAAUUAUAAAUUGUGACAGGAUAAUCCUUAAUAGGGUAAACAUGCUGGUACUGCUUGCCAUUGGGGCAUUGAACACUUUUCUAUAACAACAUUACUGGGCUUUAGAGGACACUACAGGCAUCAACACAACUUUAAUGCAUUUUAGCCAUUUUCUAUAUAAUUAUUGUAUGAUUAUUAUUUUUUUCUUUUUAGGCUACGUUUUUGCAUUAAAAAUAAAAUAAAAAUUGCAGCAUUCUACGUCUUACGUGUUUCCUCUGCCCCACUUUUUUUUCUGGUUACCUCCAUAUGUGAGGUCUCUGCUCCCUUUUUUCCCCUCAGUCUUAAAUUGCAGUGUUUAUAUACUUGUAUAUGUCACCAUGUAUCUUAUGUUUUCCUGGACACGUCUUUUAUGUUUUAUGAUGUCCUGUCUAUACCUGUUUGUGACAUCGGCAUUGCACUACAAAAAUAAAAAAUUGGAAACUAAUUGAAAAUACGGGGCACUUAAAGACUAACCAGCGACAUCUUGCUCUUGGCAGACUAGACACUUAAGUCAAUAUGGGAGAUCAGUUAUUGGAUUUAUGCCGAAUAGAUCCAUCCGGGCACACAUGUGCUUAUAUGACGAAAUUAUGAUGCAAGGGGCCUAGUCCUAUUUAAACCCCUCUGACUGUAGACCAGUGCACUUUUGCUGUCUCCAGGGCCUGAAGUGAGUUAUAUGGUUCCUCUGUCUUGGGAUUCUGAUUUGGAUUGCUCUUGACACCAAUAGUUAUUCCAUUAUUCCUGUGUACCAGACCCAUCUUGAUUCUGACUCUAAGUUUACCUUGACCACUUGUCCUGAGCUCGAGUACUUGUGUGCACUGGACCCAGCUUGCCUUGAUUUUGUUUUGUCUAACCUUGACCAGUUUUUUUUGUUAACAUUUACGCUAAUCGUACUAUCUAGCGUUAAGGCCUUCCACUUCAAGGUCUGGCAAUACACCUAUCUAUCCUUUCUCACUCUGCCUUUUGGUUAUCUUACUUUUUACUUUUAUCUUGCUGAGGAUCCUUCUGUAUCCUGGCAUAAAGGAAUUAAAUACAAAAUGAAGACUAUAGUGAAAAGCAGAACAGUUGUAAAUUGAGGUAAAUUAGAACCAGGCCAAAAGCUGGAUUAGAGAUUCAUAAAUAUUUAGAUUAGCAUAACAGUACUGGACUAAAAUGUCCCAAAUUUUUUGACACGUCUGCAUGUAUCUGGUGUAAACGUGGCAAGAAAUGCAGCCGGGAGCCUAUUGCUAAUGUGCGCAUAUGUCUAAUGAAAAUAAAUGCAGAAUGGCAGAUUUUCAUAAAAAAUGUCUGCAGGGAUGAUGGAUAAAUCUUGUGUGAUCUGUGUAAUUUCUUGUUCUUUAAUCUGCAGGGAUGAUCAAUAAUUAAAGGGACAACUUGACACAAUUUUAUUUUAAUGGGCUAUGAAGUAUGAAAAACACAUAAAAAAAAUGGAAUAUAUAUUUACAACAACAUACAAAAUCCACGCACUCGUUCAAUCACUAAAGAGCAAUUUCAAGUCUCAUAGAAUGUAAUAGUUUUAUUUAAAACCUAAUAACCUAGGCAAAAAUGAAUGGGGGUUUAGUUACAGUAUAUGAUCAUACAUUGAUGCUGCGGCCGGCUUAUGCAAUGUAUGGUCAUAUACUGUAAUUAAGCCCCCAUUAUUUUUUACACCGGUGAGGUGUUUUUAAAUAAAUCUAAAAACUAAACUGCAAAGAUAAAAUCAAUCAAUAAAACUAUUACAUUCUGGGAGACUUGAAAUCACUGUUUCCUGAUCAAUCAUGGCAGCAUUUACUCAUGGGUUAGCUCCUCCCCUUACAGCAGAAAGGACAGGAAAUAGAACUCUGAAACUGGUAUAAAUAGAUCCUCCCCCUUCCCAUCAGGCAGUCUUUUUUCUUGUCUCAAUCUCAGUGUGUGUGUGUGUGUGUGUGUGUGUGUGUGUGUGUGUCUCCAGUAUACGCUCUAUGUAUAAGUUUUUUUGAGGACACAGCCUCACUAUGACUAUCAACUGUAUUCUCUAUCUAUGGGUUACUAUGAGAACACGGCCUCAGGACAUGUAUGCACUAUAUGCUCUAUGUAUGAAUUACUAUGAGGACACAGCCAAAGUAUAUGUAAGCAUGGGCAUCCACAGGAAUUUUUCCAGGGGUGGCAUAAUUGUAAUGACAUUCAUGCUUGGUCCCUUUUUGACAGUGUCAUGAAAGGGAAGGGGCAUAGUCAUUAUCACAUAAAGCCAGGGUGAAUAGUUGUUUCACAACUAUGGUGUCAAGAAUAUAUGUUUGUAUUCCUGACACUAUAGUCUUCCUUUAAGAAAAUUAAAGGAAUUAUUUUCUGGGGGCCAAAUAAUACAAUACACAAGAUCCAGCGCACUCACCUAUCCAUUAAACAGCAACUUCAAUGUUGAAAGAUUGUAUUAUUUUUUUUUUUAAAAACACCUAAUCUAGGCAAAAAUAAUGGGGGUUUAGUUACAUUAUAUGAUCAUACAUUGCAUAAGACUGCCACAACGUCAAUGUACCCCAUCUUUGGCAGGUCCUACACUAACAGCCUAAUGUCUGCUCUUAUGAGAUUAAAGGACCACUAUAGUGCCAGGAAAACAUACUCGUUUUCCUGGCACUAUAGUGCCCUGAGGGUGCCCCCACCCUCAGGGUCUCCCUCCUGCCCAGCUCUGGAAGGGGGAAAGGGGUAAUAACUUACCUUUUUCCAGCGCUGGGCGGAGAGCUCUCCUCUCCGCCUCCGAUCCGCCCUGUCGGCUGAAUGCGCAUGCACGGCAAGAGCUGCGCGCGCAUUCAGCCGGUCUCAUAGGAAAGCAUUUACAAUGCUUUCCUAUGGACGCUGGCGUGCUCUCACUGUGAUUUUCACAGUGAGAAGCACGCAAGCGCCUCUAGUGGCUGUCAAUGAGACAGCCACUAGAGGAUUAGGGGGAAGGCUUAACCCCUUCAUAAUUAUAGCAGUUUCUCUGAAACUGCUAUAAUUAUGAAAAAAUGGGUUAACCCUAGAAGGACCUGGCACCCAGACCACUUCAUUAAGCUGAAGUGGUCUUGGUGCCUAGAGUGGUCCUUUAACCACUUACUUGAGGAAAAAAAAUUCCAUAUGGGGCUCUCUGCAGUACAAGGCUAAAUAGGGCCCUGGGAUGAGGCACCUGUGACAGGGAGGGGUGCAAAACCAAGGAGUUGGCUAGACUCCCAAAUAUAUAUAUAUAUAUAUAUAUAUAUAUAUAUAUAUAUAUAUAUAUAUGUAUGUAUGUAUGUGAAACAAGGGGGGUUGGCUGCACUCACCUGAACAUGCAUAAAUGGGGGUGCUGCUGGGGGCCAAAUAAUACAAUACACAAGAUCCAGCGCACUCACCUAUCCACUAAACAGCAACUUCAAUGUUGAAAGAUUUUAUUUGUUUUUUUAAAAACACCUAAUCUAGGCAAAAAUAAUGGGGUUUUAGUUACAUUAUAUGAUCAUACAUUGCAUAAGCCUGCCACAACGUCAAUGUACCCCAUCUUUGGCAGGUCCUACACUAACAGCCUAAUGUCUGCUCUUAUGAGAUUAACCUACUUGGGGAAAGAAAUUCCAUCUGGGGCUCUCUGCAGUACAAGGCUAAAUAGGGCCCGGGGAUGAGGCACUUGUGACAGGGAGGGGUGCAAAACCAAGGAGUUGGCUAGACUUUCUUGAAAAAGACCCUAUAGGGGUUGAAACGUCCAUUAUUGGAAGAUUUUUUUGCACAUGUAAUUUGCAUAUGAAAUAAAUGAAGCACUUUUGAAGACCUGUGAGUGCACCUUAUUUGCAUAUUUUUGUAUCCACAACGCUGAGGUUUGCACCCAGGCAAUAUUUCUUUGAUAUAUUUGCUUUAAAGGGUGAGUGCCAAGUUUAUCUCUUUUCUAUCUCUCUCUAUAUAUAUAUAUAUAUAUAUAUUUAUAUACAGAAAGGACAGGAAAUAGAACUCUGAAACUGGAUUAAAUAGAUCCUCCCCCUUCCCAUCAGAUGCACAGCUUAGUAGAUCUUGCUGAUUGCAGGAGCACAGCUUACACAUAUUUACAAUAUGUUUAUCUUUGAAUUGAAUGUAGGUACUGACGUGGUUGGCCUACAUUGCCUACUUAUAAUUUAGUAGUUGCCACAAAUUAUAUGGUUCAUGCAAUAUAUAUAUAUAUAUAUAUAUAUAUAUAUGUAAUAUCUGUGGUAUUGGUUUCUACCUCUCCUGUAACUGAUCAUUACUGUAUCAAUUCAUUCACAGUGUGAGGUAUGGUUGUGAGUCUGAUUUUUGCAAUAUGUAGUCAUUGUGGCAGUGUUUUAAUACCAGACUCUCUUAUUUCUCUACUAGGCUCUGCCACUUUCUGACAGGCAGAUAUUGAUUUGUUUCCUGUAUCUACAGUUAAAGGACCACUAUAGUGCCAGGAAAACAUACUCGUCUUCCUGGCACUAUAGUGCCCUGAGGGUGCCCCCGGCUCUGGAAGGGGGAAAGGGGUAAAAACUUACCUUUUUCCAGCGCUGGGCGGGGAGCUCUCCUCCUCCGAUCCUCCUUCUCUCCUCCACGUCGGCUGAAUGCGCACGCGCGGCAAGAGCUGCGCGCGCAUUCAGCCGGUUGCAUAGGAAAGCAUUAUCAAUGCUUUCCUAUGGACGCUUGCGUGCUCUCACUGUGAAAAUCACAGUGAGAAGCACGCAAGCGCCUCUAGCGGCUGUCAAUGAGACAGCCGCCAGAGGGAAUGGGGGAAGGCUUAACCCAUUCAUAAACAUAGCAGUUUGUACUUAUUAGACUUUGUAAAAAUGUGUUUUUCUGCCUGGAGAUAAUUGAGUUACAUACAGUACUUCAUUCAAUUAUUUCACAGGCAGAGGGGAGGGAUUGUGUGUGCUAUGGGAGUGUCUUACAGUUAAUUACUGUUUUUAUUGGUUUGUUAACUUUGUGUCCCUGUGCCCAACAAGGUCCACGUGGGUGUCACCCUUGUUGGGAAACUUGCACAAAAGGCCAGUGUGCCUCCAUUAAAAUUGAGUUCCUGCUUAACCCUCAACACAUAGCCUUGUCUCGUGCUUGGAGGGGAACUGCUAUAUUUACACUGGGGAUUGCUAUACUCCUUAUACUCCCCUGGGCUCUAAUCACUAGCUCUUGUAAGAGCUGCUCCUGCUACGUUCUCUGAAGUAGGAGAGGUCUUUCCCACACGGUCCUGGAUAUCAGAGGGUGGUCCAGGGUCGGAGGAAGACGGCGAGAUCCCAGCUAAGCUACGGUUACGGUGGUUGUGGAGUCUGUGGUGCUUGUGGUGUCCGGUGUGGUGCUUAUGGUCCUCAGCAUCAGCCAGGAAGCAUCUGUUGGCGGAGGUGCCCAGUUGGAGUGCCAGGCAAUCCGUCACACAUAUACUAUAUAUAUAUUUGUGUGUGUCUAUAAUAUUCUGGUUUGUAAAUCGUCAUUGCAUAUCCACAGCCAAGUGUUUUCCUCACCCUCUAAAGCCCAACCAGAAGUUUACCUUCACUCCUCACUCCAACCAACCCAUAGCCUCAACUACAUGUCUUCCCUCCCCCCCAACCUAAACGUACACUUUUUUUUUACCUCACAAAUCCCAAUCCACAAGCUUUCUCUCACCCCCCACCACAACCAUACGUUCUUCCUCAAACCUGCACUAGUCCCACACCUGCCACAUGUUUUUCAUCACUGCCUACCUAAAUUAGAAGUCCCCUCCACACCCCAAUCGCAAGUUUUUCAAUCACCUAUUAACUCCAACCUCUAAUUUUCCCUAACCCUGACCCCAAUCACAACUUUUCCCUUGCCACCUACAGCAACUGCAAGUGUUCCCACACACCCCACCCCAUUCAAAGAUUUCCCUCACCCCCCACCCCUUUACCCCAGCAACAUUUUGCCAUCAACUCCUCAAGCCUCCCACACCAGCCAAAGUUUCCCCUUCAUACAACAGUUCAGCAACAUCCUCCAUUGCAUCACAGGCACAAUUUCUCCCUCAUUGUUCAGUCAUGCUUGCUUAUUUACUGUCCCUUGAAUUAUUAUUAUUGCUUGUUGUUAAAAUAAUUGAUUUGAAAACCAAUCUCUAACUCCGCUGUCAUCACAUCAUAGCUAUUUCAGCCUCAGUUUUGCCAUUUUAAUUUUUUUACAGUUUGAAGUGUAAGUAAUAACCUUGUUAGCUGCAAAUUUUUGAAUAACACAUGCUGAUAAGGCAGUUCACUAAAGUACUUUAAGCUUCUUGUGGGAUCAAAUAAGCCCACCAGAAAACAUAGCCACAUUGGAGAAUAUUUCCACUUUUAAUUCACUUCCAACUCCCAAUGAACACAUUAAUCAAUAGCCCUAUGCUUUAGACCAAAAAAGAAGAGUGAGAGAAAUUCUUUAAGUGCUAGUGUAUUAAUGAUUCUGUGAGUGGUAUGCAGACCAAUGGUUGAUCUAGGCUGGGAUUAAUUAAAACCCACUGAAUUGUUUCUGUGGAUGUAUGUAACAGAAUCUGGUAGUAUGAUACAUGUCUUUUGUUUGACAAGUUUCAGAAGCCUCUUGGAAUGCAGAUUAUAUAAAGAGCUGUGUUAUGUGCAGAGCCACUGUCUCCUUAGCCUGCAUUCCUAAAACGUUUGACAAUUCAAUAACCCAUUCAGCGAGCACAUUUAAAUUCUGCCACAUCUAUUCGUAUUACAGUAAGAAGAGGGCAUGUUAACUGACAGACUUCAUAAAUAUAUGAAACGAUCAUUUCCCCCGGUCAUGAAAUAAAAGUACGCACUAUGCACUUUUAAGGAGUGGGUGUUUGCACGGCUCUGGUUUCCCCUCGGCUCUUAAAAGUCUUAAAUGAUGACAAGCAUCACCAAAGGUUUUUAUAAAUGUAAAAAAUACAGACCGCAGGAGUAUAAUGUUAGCUCAGCUGGGUUUCCGUGAGAUCUUUAUUUUUCUACAGGCACUGUGAGACACAGGUUGGUAUCGCCAGAUGUGUAUAUUUUAUGUGAGUAUUCUGUGCAGGUGUACUCGACAUUUUGUAAGUUAAAAGAACAACAUCAUAGGGGGAGAGUUUUUUUUUAUUUUUUAUCCAUAGGAAGGGUAACAAGGGGUUCACCCUUAGUUUUAAUAAAUUUAGAGAAAUGAGAACAAAAUGCCCUAUCCAAAUAGGUUUCUCAUGAGGUUGAAACAUACACUUUAAUUUGAUUGAUAAAACAUAACAUUUAAUAAAAAUUCUAUUAAAAACCUAUACAAAAAUAUAUAAUCAAUAAAAGAAAAAAUAAUAAGAAAAGAAAGAAGGGCGAAACUAGGGGUAUUUACAAAAUACACUGAUUGAUAGGGGCACGGUUUACGUUACUCUCUUACAAUAACUUACAAAGCUUUAUGGGUGAGCAGAGGUUAUAUCUCUGGAAGCGAUAGCCAAGUAAUACCUAUAUUCAAUCUGACCGAUUGCUGAACGGGAGCAGCGGGCCGUUUUCAUGGAGCAUAAUAAGAUAGUUUACCUCGAAGAUUAGGUGCCCACGAAGACACAGUAUAGCCUACUUAAGCUCUAUGAUUAAAAAGCUAUUAAAUUAGCAUUUCUCUAACUCUUAACCAGAUCACAAUUUUUUUUUUUAUUGGGAACAGAAGAAAGACACUUUAGUAGGAAGCAUAUACUAUCUUCCCUUUGGGUGUAGUCCCACUGGUUACAAACCUAAUCUGUUACUUUUAAGAGUUUUCACUACUAAUUUGACUAUAAGUGUUGAACGGAUACCCAAUACUAGGAGUAUGUUAAUGUAAAACUGGCCAAACUACGUACACAUAUCCUAUUAUCUGGUUCCAGAUACCUAUGAAUUGGAGUGUAUUUUGUAAAUAUCCCUAGUUUCUCCCUUCUUUCUUUUCCUUAUUUUCUUAUUAUUUUUUCCUUUUUUGAUUAUAUAUUUUUGUAUACGUUUUUAAUAGAAUUUUGUUUAAAUGUUAUGUUUUAUCAAUCAAAUUUAAGUGUAUAUUUCAACCUCAUAAGAAACCUAUUUGGAUAGGGCAUUUUGUUCUCAUUUCUCUAAAUUUUGUAAUAAGUUUCUAUAUGGUUAUAGCAAAGACAAAUGAAAUUGGGGGAACACCCGGUAUGCGCAUUCUGCAGGGAUGGUACUGCUGUAAUGACCAAUAUUCAUACAUAAUACAAAUAAGGUUAUGGCGCACACAUAAAAAUACACUUAUAAUUCUUAUGAGGUUACUUAAAAUCGCCUAAAAAACAAAUAUGGAGUUUCAGUUCCACCAUAUGGCCAUAUUGUGUAAAGUUCACCCCUAUUUCACAGUACCCCAAUAUCUGUGGGUCCUGCACUAAUUCCAAAUGUGGGAGACAAAUUAAAUGGUGCUAGUGCUAAGUAAGCUAAAGUGAAUUUAAUGAAUCUAUUGUAAGAGCAUUGUAAGUAUACAGAAUACAACAUUAAUGUGAUAAAAUCAGUUAGAAACCAUGUCAAAACUAAACAAUUAAAGUGUUAGAGUUUGGAUUAAUAUGCUCACAAUACAAAUUAUAAAUGUGCUAAAUGAAGGUUAUAAUAAGUGACAUUACUGUUCGAAAACUCUGUAUAUAGAGUGGUCACCUGCAAAGAGACUUCUGAAGCUGGGGUUCCCAUAUUUGUUUUCUUAGGUGAUUUUUAAGUAGCCUGCUAAGACUUAGGAGUGUAAUUGUAUGUGUGUGCUGUAACUUAAUAUGUAUUCUAUAUGGUUAUAGACAUUCACAAGAGUCAAUCUUUUAAAAAAAAUAAAAAAAAUAAAUAAAAAAAAUUCAUUGUCAGAUCUAAUAUACUACAGUAGUUCUGACUCCCCUCCAGUUCGCAAAAAAAGACAGUUCUGUGGAAGUAUGUUGAAAGCUCUUUAUCCCUUUGCCAAAACAAAGACCAUCCAUCCGGCACAGGUAUAAUGCGAGUCAUACGUGGAUAAGAAAUUUGUCCUAUAUAAAUCUUUUAGUAAACAUGUUUCUAUGCCUGAAUAGCAAUUGUGGAGGAUCACAGUCCGACCCAAUACUGACUGUGAUAGCCUUCCGACACAUUGCAGUCUACGCAACAGUGAUAUGAACAAAUUGCUUUUUGGAGAUGUAAAAAAAAAAUCCGUGGUGAUCAGUGACAGUGGAAGGGGGAGGGGGAAAUAUAUUUUGCUGUGAGGUAUGCUGAGCUAACAUGUUUGAGAUCUGAGUGGGGGCCCACCUUACGGCAAGCUACUUUAGCUGUUGUCUGUUCUUGGUAUUUUGCUCCCUCUAAGUUUAAAGGGUAAUCCAGAUAUCGACCCCUUGCUAACGGUCCUUAGAGGGGUAUUGGCUAUACCUCACUGACUGGGAUCAGUCUGAUAUGCAGAUGGUCUAGAAUCUCUUUGUAAUGGCACACGAUGAGCUAAAACUACUUUGAGAUCUGAGCGGAAGGACAAGCUUCUUGAGCUGUUGCCCUUUCUCAGUAUUCUCUUCCACCCUGUUUUUUAUUUUAUUUUAUGUAGUGUACUUAUGUGCACUUCUGCAACACCUUAAGCACCAACCGCAUUUAUUAACCAUGUUCCUGUCCUCAUGUGAAAACUUGAAUACUAAAAAAAAAAAAUAUUAAUUCAAGGUGUGCGUUUAAAUCAUUGAAUUUUUUCGGGAAUUCCCUGGUGUCAUGUUUAAUACAUUGCCUGUGCAAACUUUACCUUCUGUCAAUUACAAGUGCCCUUGAGUGUUUCCCCUAGUAGCAAAAUUGUAAAAAAAUGUCAUUGAUCAAUGUAAGUACUGAUGUGUUUGUUGUCUCUGUCUAGUGUAGAAAUGCAGUGGAAUCCUAGUACAUGACGCAACAUUUACAUAUCCCUCUUUCUCCUAUGCAGUACACCAGCUAACACAGAACUCUAGCUCACUUGGUUUUAUACAGUAAUGGGAUUUUGCUACAUUACUAUACUUUAAGUGCUGGAUUUUAAAUUUUUUAUGUCCUUUCUGAUCUGUGUCUGUUAUGCAUUCAUCCCUAAUGCAUUCUACGGCAAAGCAGUAAAGCAAGAAAGAACAAGUUAUUAUCAUCUAGUGGUUUACAAAAGAUAACAGAUGUUUAUAGUGUGACUCUCUAUAAAAUGACCAGCACCUCUCUCAAUCUGGUCUGAAUAUUAUUAUUAUUAUUAUUGUAUUGGUAGUAUUGUUCUACUCUAACUACUCUUAUGCUGGGAUUUCAGGAAAUAUGGUCACCUUGUUCCAGGCUUUCCAAACCUCAUUUACCAGAUUUCUUCUAAGUAAAAGGAAAUGUGAUAAAAUUAUGGAUACGUUGAAGAAACUAUUCUGAAUACCAGCAAAGCAGAAAGUCUAAUUCAGUGUAUUGACAAGCAUCCAAUGAGCAGUCCACUCUGGGCGCCUCCUAUUCAGUUCUUAUCUUCCAUAAAAUUUUACAGUGCCCAUGCCUUUCCAAUCAUCAUUAAAUCACCUGUUUUCAAGACAAAAAGAAAUAGGGAGCAUUCAGAGAGGGGCAAUCUAGCGCAGCUCUCGCAUUCGUAUCUGACAUCAUCAUACCUCCCAAGAGUCCCUAUUUAGGAGAGUCAGUUCCUAUUUUGUGCCCAAAUCCCUAUAUCUCUCUCUUUUUUUUUAUCCUAAUGUCCCUCUUUUGCCGGAGCUCACUAUAGUUGGUGUAUCUGAAUUUAUACCAAAUCUUCACAGCGAUAGUAUUCACUGUAAUGUGUUUUUAAACUAAAAUAAAUGUGUUUAGAAAUCAGUCUGGAUAAAUAAACUUUCUUAAAUAAACUGUUGUUCUAAAUUGGGUUUUUGUUGCAUACAUUACUUUUAGUAAGUUACCUAAAAUUUCUAACAGCAAGCCAGUCCCUGGCCAUACCUCCAGGGCUUGAGUCCUGCAGGAACGCGUGGGAAUGGCGUUCCAGCCCUUUCUUUUCAGCAGGAACGGUGUUCCUGCUGUUCCUGCAGGCACUCGGGCGGCAAAAAAUGCCGCCCCCAAAUUCCCCCCGUGUUCCCCAUGUCAUGUGGGGGCCCAAGAGGUGGCCUGAUGGGCCCCCCGGUGGACGCCUGUCUCCCUGUCAGCAGCGGCGAGGGAGCUGUGUUCUCUCUGCUCGCUCUCGCUGCGCGCCGUUUGCUGAUGCCGGAAUAUGAUGUCAUAUUCCGGCUCCCAGCAUCAGUAGACUGCCCGUGCGGCGAGAGGGAGCAGAGAGAACACCGCUCCCUUGCUGCGUCUGGCAGGAAGACAGGCGCCUGCCCCACUGGACCCCAGGGACAGGCCCACGCCAGCUCUCCAGGUAGGGAGGGUGGGUAGACAUUUUUUAAUUAAAAAAAAUAAAAAUAAAUUGUGUGUGAGUGUAUCUCUCUGUGUGUGUGUGCACCCGUGUAUAUAUAUAUAUAUAUAUGUCUAUAUAUAUAUAUAUAUAUAUAUUUGUGUGUGUUUGUGUGUGUGCACACAUAUAUAUAUAUUUAUAAUAUACCAGUGUAUAUUAUUGGGUGGGGCGGGGAGUUUUUGGGGGGGGAAUCUUGGGUAAGUUCCCACACUUUAUUCCCCCGGACUUGACCCCUGCAUACCUCCAUUCACACAUCUAAAAUUGAAACGUCCAUCUUUUUCCAUUGAAAAUGUUAGGAGGAAUGCAUCAUUAAGAACCCUGAAAGACCAUACGAUUUUCAGAAGAGAUCUCAAAAAUCAUUGACUGAACUUUUAACAUGUAAUAACCUCCGAUACCUUUUAAAUUCUUCCCUUUACUCACCUUGCAUUUACUCUUUUGCCUAUUCUCAAAACCUUGCACUUCUACACAUUACCUUCUUCAUAGAAACAGGUGUCUCCUGUAUAUGCCCUUUAUAAAUACAGAAAUAUCAGGUUUAAGAGGAACAAUUAGUGCUGUAGGAUGUGCGUAGCACAAUACAUGUUUCAUCGUUACAGUAGACUUGAGGUAUAGUAAGUACAGUUGUUAUAGUGUGUGGCAGCAUCACAUGAUGUUGAUCUUUGAUGCCCAAGUUCUCUCCUAAUGUGUCCAUAUCUGCAAGAUUUAGCUUUGUGAUGUCUAUUCUAUUUCAGAGGGAAGGAUGCUGCAUAUGGAAGAUGCAUAUGUUAAAGGGAGCAAAUGGCCUGGGAAUACAGAUCACCGGGGGCCGAGGUUCCAAGAGGUCCCCUCAUGGGAUAGUUGUGGCUCACGUAGAAGAAGGUGGAUGUGCUGACAGGUAAGUGAUCGUCGCUAACCUCAGUAGCUUAAUUUAAAAAAAUUUUUUUUUACCAUUUGCCACAUACCAUGUCAAGUGCCCUCUGUAUCUAUGUUCGUACCAUGUCAAGUUCCCUCUGUAUCUAUGUUCGUACCAUGUCAAGUGCCCUCUGAGUCUCCUGAAAGAUUAACGGAGUAUUCACAGUGGGAGAGUAAUGGGUAUACACAGUGAGAGAGUAAGUUAAAAGGUGUAAAACUGAUAUUUUAGCAAUGAGCCUGACUAAAUAAUACAUAAACAUUAUGUAAUGAAGUGAAAUCUAAAUUGUAAUUUAGCUAAUAUAAAGAACUAUUUUGUGUUAAUGGGAUCAUGAACACAAAUUAAAUCUUUGUAUUUGCUUAGUUUGCCUAUAUUUUGCAAUUUGGAUUUCAGUUCAUGACAUUUCAGAGUUUAGUUUAAUUAAUAAAAAGAAAUAAAUCAGUUCUAUGAAGAUCGCGCUUUCAUUUGUUAAUGGUUUGACAGUUACCGUUUAUUCCUAGGUGGUGUGUAUAUAGAGGCAAUUCUCCCUCUUCUGCCCGUUAACUCCCAGAUUAGUGUUAUACAUUUAGGUUGGGUUAAUGAACCUCCCACUUUUUCGUUUUAUAUCUGGGACAGUUUCUGUGAUGUCUGCCAAAUAAAUAAAGUUGCAACAUAAUUGGGAGAUGACUUUACUCAUAUCCACUCCAAGGAGAGAAUGACAGAUUAAUUUUGUCACUUAUUGGCAACGUAAUCUUAAGUAUUGAAGGGGAGGAAGUAAUUAAAUUUGUUUACAGCUCUGCUAGUGACAUAGAGCCAGAAGCAGGGACAUUUGGAUUCUUGUUUCAUCCUCUUCGCUCUCUUCACCUUACUAUAAAACUAGAUUUGAAUCUCUAUGGGAAUCUGGAUGAAUAUACUCACUAAUAAUAAACGUAUGGGCCUAUUCACCAACUUUCAUUGGAAUAAUAGUGAUAAGUCCUUUUUAUUCCCUUAUCGGACUUAAAAGAUAUGAAUCCCAGAUUUAACAUUAUUUCUGUUAGAUUCAACUUUUUCACUUAGCAUUUGCAAAUUAAAGUGGGAGGUUACAUUCAAAAUCCCUUUCCCCUUAUCUGUGCAUGUUCUCAAUUUUAAAACUUCCUGUCAGAGUUGCACAGCAUGUAUAAAUAGUAAAAGGGAAGGAAAUUGAUAUUACCAGCCAACGCAAAAUUAGUCUGUGCAUAGACACAGCCACGGAUAAGUAGAUAUCAUCUUUAACAGGUAACAGCUGCAUUCAAAUAUCCGCUAGUUGCAUUGCAUAUUGCAUUAGAAUGAUUGAAGUAUUCUCUAAAGCAUGGGUAGAACUAAUGGAAUUUUUUUUGUUCCUUACCAGUUUGUUUCAUUCUGAAUGAAUUAUUAUUAUUUUUUUAUUUUUUUUAGGGAUGGCAGAUUAAAGGCAGGCGAUGAGUUACUGAUGAUAAAUGGGCAGUCAUUGGUUGGAAUCUCUCACCAAGAAGCUGUGGCCAUUCUCCGGGCAACUGUUGGCCUUGUUCAGCUUGUAGUUGCCAGCAGGGUAGGUUUAUACACCGUUAUAAUGUGACAUCGUAACUUUGUCAUCAGAAUCGUUCCCUGAACCUUUAUAUAUCUAUUUAAAAAUUGCUUAUACCUUGUGUUGUUCUGUUUGGCAGAUAUUUUGUUACAAACUAAAGAAAAGGUUUUUUUUCCUCAUUAUGAUUGUGAGGUUAUGCCCCUUUCUUGAGUGUGAUGUAGAAUGAAUGGGUAGACUGGACGUUGCUCCUUUAAAGUUGAACUGUAGGUUCUCAUAAAAAGUCCACCGUCUAGGAUGAUAAGACUAAACAUACAAAGCUACUCGAGAAUGAUUUAAAAGCAAGAACCAAUUAAAGCCCAGACCUUAUUAAUCAGUUUUAAGAUCUCUGUAAAGUUUUGACAAUUGCUAGCAAGAUAUAAAAACUUUUACCAAACUUCAUAAAUUGAAGAGUGUUCACCAGUGGACCCCAUCUAAUCUGAACUGUUUGGUACAUUGUGGAAUUUAAAAGGUAAAAUAUCCCUCAAAAUCCAUUUCAAUUCCAGGAGGUAACACUACAAAACAUCAAAGGGGUAAAUAUAUGUGCAGGGGGUACUCUACUUACAUUUGUUAAUUAUUAUAGAUUAACAUUAAUAAUUGAUAGUGAUAUGAAAGGUUCACUUUCUCCUCCAAGUUAGGACAUUAGACAUCGUUUUGCAUGUGUUUACUGUUCCCACUAGGUGUGGUGAUGGGAACACAAACAGGUUAAUUGUGUUUGUUAAUUACCACACAAUGUUGUAAUGGCACUCUGAGACACUAUUGACGUGUCUAGCCUGAUGUAGAUUGGAAUAUAGUAGUAAUUCGAUUUGGCACCUGGUAAGUAUUUUUGUAUGCGUCACUUCAUUGAUUUGAAUACUACUACUCCACCUCACUACGCUCCUCCUGCUCCUGAUCUCACUCAUUAGCUACUAUACUUGUUGUCAGUCUACAUAUUUUCUAUUAUACAUAUAUGAAGUCUUGAAACAUUUUUCUAGAACAAAAUGAUGCAAUGUUUCCAGAAGCCAGUGGUAUGAAUUGUACAUUCUCAAAACAACAGCACAUGGAGAGACAAAAUAGUAUAAGAACAGCCAGGUGCAAACCAUAUAAACACUCCCUCAAGUGCUUUAAAUAUUCAAAUGUAUAUAGAAUAUAGAAUGCACACUAUAACAAUCUCAAAAAAAACUUUGCUUUAUUAUGUACAAAAAAGUACCAGAGUGAAAACAUAUAAGAAAAGAUAAACAAAGUGACAGAAGCAAGGGCAAACACAAUAAAACAAUAGUAAAUUACCACAAAAAUUCUUACAAGCCUCCAGACAGAAACACGAGUCACCAAACCCCCCAACGUUUCGGCACCAACUGGCUGCCUUUAUCAAGGGUACCCUGAAAGGCAGCCAGUUGGUGCCGAAACGUUGGGGGGUUUGGUGACUCGUGUUUCUGUCUGGAGGCUUGUAAGAAUUUUUGUGGUAAUUUACUAUUGUUUUAUUGUGUUUGCCCUUGCUUCUGUCACUUUGUUUAUCUUUUCUUAUAUGUUUUCACUCUGGUACUUUUUUGUACAUAAUAAAGCAAAGUUUUUUUUGAGAUUGUAUUAAUUGUACAUAACAUACAUUUUGCUGUGACUUUUUUUUGAUAUUUCAUUGCUAAAGUUAGGGAUAACUCUACAUUAAUCUUGGGGUAGCACUGGGUCAUCUGCCUGAGACUGGUUGGGAUUUCCAUAAUCUCUAGUGACCGUGCUGGAGAGAAGGUUGAAAAACAGACUCGCACUGUUUCCUAAGUACAUUAACAGUUGAGGAACCAGUUUAAUAGCAGCAGCUGCAUAUAUAAGCUGUAAGAUUUGUAAAUGUAAUUUGUCUGUUGAAAUAAUGACCUAGUCUGCUCAGUAAUAUAGAAUUCAAGUCCCCCUCUUUUUGUGUUUUUUUUUUUUUUGUCUGUAGUUCUGGUAGUGUAAAUGUGUCAUGGUACUUUGAAUAAGGUAAGUGGCCAUGUCAGGUCAACCUUGCUUGCGAUGAGUUUUCAGCAUUGCCUGCGUAUUUACCAGUGUCAUCCUUUUCACGUAUUGUCAUUUUAAGGAUGGCACAGAGGUUGACUUCUGCAAAUACCCAUCUACAAGUCUACCGGAUCUCGUCAGUGCCUGUGCGGCUCAGGAUGGCUGUCCUACUGACAACAAAGAAAAUGAAGAGCCAGACGGGGAUGACAAAGAAUGCAAUGGGAUGCCAUCAGUACCGACAGCUGUGAGUCUAUUCAUUUUCCUCAAUUAUGCAAUCAUUGCUUCUGUUGCUAAGCCAGAGAAAUACCCAUUGUUUAGGAGAAUAUGUUGACUUCCCUGCACUGUGUGAAUGGGUUUUCUAGAGGAAAUAAUAUAUGAAGUCACAUUUUAGCGAAGAUGUUUUUUUGUAUUACUUUUUUUAACAAGUGAGACUACAAACUGCUGGCUACCAAAACAACAACAGCUGUUCCCCUUUUCCCACUAUCCACAUCAAUGUAUCGCUUCUCUGGAUCACAUUCACAUGGCAAUUUGUGUGAACGGUACCAUCUACGGCGGCAGUAGCCUGUUUUGUCAGAAGCGACUCACAGCAUGCAGAUUGUUGUCCACAUCCAGGCUUUUCUGCCCAUCUAUUUUAAAUCUGGUUUCAUUUAUGUAAAUUAAACCAGUUUUCCAAACCAUAAACAUGUGCAGAGUUUAAAAACCAUAUUGAAAAAACCUAUACUACGCACCUGUGACUGCAGUCCCCAUGAUCCUUUUCCAGCUGUAGGGAUGGUCAAGGAGGGAAAAAUAUUAUUUAUAUAUUUAUUUUUAUUUUUUUCCUUGUUCACCGCACCCUCAGUGUGACAUUACCAACAUGUUCUUACAUGCAAAUUAGUUCUGGCACUGAACAGAAAAACAUAUGGGGCAGAUGUUUGCUUCUUUGAGGACAACGGGCUGUAACCAUACAUGGAAACAUUGCCUGGAGACCUAGUCUCUACUGUUCAUAAAAAGGCCUAUAUAGUAGGUUUUUCCAUACAAAAAGAUUACAUUUUUUUCCAAAAAUAACUGGAGUCUCUAAAAAGAGACAAGAUGUUAUCAGGUCAGGAUGAAAAAGCCAUGAUUCUUUUCCCCAAAGCAUGGGUUACCUCUCAUUCGGAAAUUCUAGACAAACCAGGCUGUAACGGACCGUUUCAGCACACAAGGAUAAAAUCUGUUUAGGCGAUAUUCCCCUUUUAAAUACACGAACAGCUGCUGCAAGCACCAAUCUCCCGAAUUGCAAACACAUAAAUACUCAAACUCCCGAACAGGAAACACACAAACUCACCAACUCCCGAACACACGAAUGCUGUCAAACAGCCGAACAGGAAAAAACAUCCGAACAGCUAACACUCCUGACAGUCGCACUGUAACAGCAUACAAUCCAAUUCCCCCCAAGAACGAGACGACACUUCUUUUGAGGGUCAAGCAGAACUCAUUUACUAGGGCUACCUGCCCGGCUUUUAUGCAGGUCUUCCACCUAGUGGACACUCCCCUAGGGGACCAGAUGGAAGACUGGGAAACAUAUUGGACAUUGACCAAUCACAAGCUUACAAUUUCACAAUGCAUCACAAUCCCUCCUCUCUGUCCUGGAGAUAAUUGGGAAGUAAUCCAAUUAUCUCCAAGGACAGAGGCAAAACUCCAUUAACCACAUGGCAGACAAAGGACAAUAAAAGACAUAAAAUUACAUACUGUUACAUUUAUCACAUAGAACAUACACAUUCUACAUAUCCCCAGAUAGCUUAGAUCUGAGUGCACAUUAUUACCGGAUGGCGCUCAGAUCACAUACAUACAGUUCAAUCGCCAUGGAGCCAAAGUCUUUCAUACAGUCUUUCAGUAUACGGCUGGGCUCCAUGGCAUAGCUAUCUGGGGUAGCAUGGUUUAAACAGUAAAGUACCAAAUGGACCGGUGUUCGGAUAAUUGACUUGCAGGUAGGAGAAGGGAGGUCGGCGGCUCAGUGGUGUUCGUGUCUUUAACAGUCCACAGAAAGGCACGAACCAGCCUUUCUGCAGGUAAAAAGAACAGUUUUAAACAUGGGGCCAUAGUCUAAAGGGAGCAGGCGAGCAACCAGGUUCCUCCAGUGGCCAGUGGCGAGGUUGGUUCCGCCACACAGGCAAAAUAUCCUAUAUGUCCUCAUGUACUCAGAGUAUUUCCAAGAUCUAACUGAGGAGUAAUCACAUGAGCAUUAUGGAAAGAUCCUGCUGAAUGUCCCACUUUUAAAAUGUUAACUUGUGAUUGUAAGACCCCCUGUGUGCAUACUGUAGGCUAGCUUGUUCUGGGGUACUCCUUUGAAACCAUCUUAUUAUAAAAGUACAGAUUUUGGCCACUAUAGUGUGCAAGUGUCCAUGAUUUCCAAUUCAGGGAGGUGGGUGCACUUUAUCCAUUUUCUGGCUGUCUGUAUAAGAGGUGCACCUUGAGUAGCCAGCGUAAAGUGCCGUAAACCUGAUUUUACCCACUUUUUUUUUAUGUGUUGCCUAUAAUUAACCUCGCACUACAUGUUUAUAUUUUUGUGAUUGUUGAGUUAUGUGCAUAUAAAAUCCCAACCUUUUCCAAACUUAUGACUACAUACAAAAUCUGAGAAUUGCUAAUACACUUCGUAAAAAAACAAAAAAAAACACGGUGCUACCUAAUCCUUCUACCGAAGCGGCACAAGCCUGUUUACAAGUGCUUUUAUUGAGAAACCCUGCAUUCCUGGUUAUCCAACAAAUAUUCAUGGAUUGGCAUGGGAGGACCGAUAUCAAGUGGAUAUCCAUUCAUGUAUUCUUAAGAUGUAUUCUGAUUUCAACUGACUGUGAGAUUUAGAUUUCAUUUUGUGUUUUACGUUAUGACUACAAGUGAGUAUUAGACUGUGCUAUUGUCAUAGGCGUGCGCAGCCUAUUGCAUUAGGGUGUGCACCCUAAAGCACAAACACACGCCGCGCGCGCGCGCGUGUGUGUGUGUAUAUAUAUAUAUAUAUAUAUAUAUAUAUAUAUAUAUAUAUAUACACACACAUAUAUAUACAUAUAUAUAUAUAUAUACGUAUAUAUAUAUUCACAGACACACACACUCACACUCACAGAAACACACACAUACUCACACACUCACAGACACACACACACACACUCACUGACACACACUCACUGACACACACUCACAGACACAUACUCACACACUCAGACACACACUGACACACACUCACAGACUCACAGACACAUACUCACACACUGACACACACACUGACACAUACUCACACACUCACUGACACACACACUCACAGACACAUACUCACACACUCACAGACACACACUGACACACACACACACACACUGACACAUACUCACAGACACAUACUCACACACUUACAGACACACACUGACACACACUCACAGACACACACUCACACACUCACAGACACACACACUCACAGACACACACACACACUGACACACACACACACACACACUCACUGACACACACUCACAGACACACACUGACACAUACUCACACACUCACAGACACACACACAAAUUAUUAUAUUUUAAUUUUUUUUUUAAAUGUCCACCCAGCCUCCUACCUGGAGUGCUGGUGGACUUGUCCCUGGGGUCCAGUGGGGGCGGGCGCCUCUCUGCAGGUCAGCCGCGGCGAGGGAGCUCUCUGCUGUCUGCUCCCUCUCGCCGCGCGGGCUGUCUGCUGGAGCUGGGAGCCGGAAUAUGACGUCAUAUUCCGGCUCCCGGCAUCAGCGCGCGGCGAGAGGAAGCAGAGAGCAGAGAGCAGAGAGCUCCCUCGCCGCGCGCUGAGCUGCAGGGUGGGGGGGAAUCAUCACCUCUUGCCCUCCCAUGACAGGGGCAAGAGGUGAAACAGGGGACACUGAGUGCCUGCAGGAACAGCGUUCCUGCUCAAAAGAGUGCAGGAACGCUGUUCCUGCAGGACUCAAACCAUAGGGGUGCGCACGGGGAUUAGGGUGUGCCCAGGCACACCCGGCACACCCCGUGCGCACGCCUAUGGCUAUUGUGCUUAUUGGAAGACAAAUAUUGUUUCUGACACAUCCGUGCCAUUGCCUCCUAUGACUGCAUAUUCCUGCUUUUGGUGUAUUAUCCAUACUGAUAAAUGUUUGUUUUGCUUCAUUCUGGAUAUUGAUUAUUCUAGUUACAAUGGCUCCCCAGUAAACGAUUAUUUGGUAGUUACAGACCUAAAUUUAAAAGGAUGUCACUGAAUUUAUCUAUAACUAUACAAACACAAAUCUUGAGGUUUUCAAAUGGUUUGUGGCUGUAAUGUUUUAUCUGGUGACACUAAAUAUUCAAUUUGUACUGUAGCAGAAACCUAAAUUCGGAUGGUCUAAGACCAAGAUCCAAUUUGCCCAUUUCCCUCCCUUAGAUGAUAUAGUCUGUUUGUAUAACACAUGUCGUUAUAGAAGGGGUGAACUCUCAAUGGACCUUUAGUGGCGGAUGGGAUGUACGCAUUGUCAAUGCAGGAAAAACAUCUUUGCUAACCUUUACAGUAAAUUUUCUUCAUAUGUUCUCUCUGCUGUCAAACGGUUUUCUCUGGACUACGUUUCGUAGAGGUCAAUAACAGGAAACAUUAACUUUUUUUGUUAUUCUAUAUGUUAAAAACUGCUACUUUGUCAAGGUGCAAUUCCUAUGUCUAAAUGGGGUUAACAGAUAUUUGGGUUUUUGUUUUCCAAUGUGAGCUUUUUGAUUUCCUGAGAAUUCUACAGACAGCAGUUGUUCUACUUUUGGAACGCUGGUAGAGAGGCCUGCUGAUCUACUGCUUAGCGGAAGAUCAGUGAUCUUUAUGCAAUGAUUUUUUUGAUUUUUUUUUCAGCGAUACUAA